UGCGGUGCGGUUCUCUGCCAAGUGGGCUUCUCUUCCCUGUGUGUUAAGUGUGAAGUUUGGAUAAUCUAACAGCGGAGAUCAUUGCCUUAUUUGAAUAGGCGGGCUCAUCUUAACAUCCAUCGUCUAAUUGUUGCAGUGAAAGUUGCCGGGCAUUUUUCAGCAAUUUUACCCCGUGAAAAUUCCGAAAAACCAAACGCGCGCAAAGCAAUCAAAAGUGUUCAAAAGAAAAGCGUUAAAUAUUGUUUAGUACAACAAUACGUUUCAAAAAUUUAUAAAAAAUCUACCAGUGUCUGUAAGACGUCUUUGCGCAAAGACCAAGUGUGUGUGUGUGUCUUUCUGCGCUUUUGACGGCAAAUCGCUUUUGGCAGCUGCUUUGGCAGCAGCCAAGUAAGAAACAAGGCUUUUUUCGCUGGCGUCGCUCUUCGUUGGCAGCUGUUGGCAGUAUGAACUGAUUUUGGCCGAAAGUUGAUGAAUAAAAUGCAAAAAUGAAAAUAUUUUUGCCACUAGUCACGUGGAUAGUGCUACUACUCUCGAGUGCAGUACAUUCACAAUAUUCACAACAACCGCAACCAUUCAAGACGAACUUGAGGGCGAAUAGUCGGUUUCGCGGCGAGGUCUUCUACCUGAACCUCGAGAAUGGCUACUUUGGCUGCCAAGUCAACGAGUCCACCGAAUAUUUGCAGCUAUUCAACCUAUCGAAACUAUGCGACGGUACCCAAGAUUGUUUUCUGGGUGCCGAUGAGUUGAGCAAAGAGCUCAAAUGCACAAAUGACUGUGAUAAGGAUGGCACCCAGUGCACACAUGGCGCGUGUUUGAACGGCGUCUGCCAUUGCAAUGACGGCUACGGCGGUUGCAAUUGCGUGGACAAAGAUGAGAACGAAUGCAAACAGCGGCCGUGCGACGUGUUCGCCCAUUGCACAAACACACUGGGCAGCUUCACGUGUACCUGCUUUCCGGGCUAUCGCGGCAAUGGCUUCCAUUGUGAAGACAUUGACGAAUGCCAAGAUCCCGCGAUAGCAGCGCGCUGCGUGGAGAACGCCGAGUGCUGCAACCUGCCGGCGCACUUCCUCUGUAAGUGCAAGGACGGCUACGAGGGCGACGGCGAGGUCCUCUGCACGGAUGUGGACGAGUGCCGCAAUCCGGAGAACUGCGGCCCCAACGCCCUGUGCACCAACACGCCGGGCAACUACACAUGCUCCUGCCCGGAGGGCUAUGUGGGCAACAAUCCGUAUCGGGAGGGUUGCCAGGAUGUGGACGAGUGCUCGUACCCGAAUGUCUGCGGACCCGGUGCCAUAUGUACGAAUCUCGAGGGCAGUUAUCGCUGCGACUGCCCGCCGGGAUACGACGGCGAUGGACGCUCGGAGUCCGGCUGCGUGGAUCAGGAUGAGUGCGCCCGGACGCCCUGCGGCCGGAAUGCGGACUGUGUGAACACGGACGGCAGCUUCCGCUGCCUGUGUCCGGAUGGUUAUAGCGGUGAUCCCAUGCACGGCUGCGAAGAUGUCGAUGAAUGCGCCACUAACAAUCCAUGCGGUUUGGGUGCUGAAUGCGUGAACAUGGGCGGUAGCUUCCAGUGCCGCUGUCCCGCCGGCUUUGUGCUGGAGCACGAUCCGCACGCGGAUCUGGUGCCCCAGUCGCCCCAGCAGAACACCCAACAAUUGGGCUACGGGCCGGGGGCGACCGAUGUGGUGCCCUAUCAGAGGACCUCGGGCGCCGGUCUGGCCUGCCUGGACAUUGACGAGUGCAAUCAGCCGGAUGGGGUGGCCAAGUGCGGCACCAAUGCCAAGUGCAUCAACUUCCCCGGCUCGUACCGCUGCCUGUGUCCCAGUGGAUUCCAAGGACAGGGCUAUUUGCACUGCGAGAACAUCAACGAGUGUCAGGAUAAUCCGUGUGGGGAGAACGCGAUCUGCACGGACACCGUUGGCAGCUUCGUGUGCACCUGCAAACCGGACUACACCGGUGAUCCCUUCCGCGGAUGUGUGGAUAUCGAUGAGUGUACCGCCUUGGACAAGCCGUGUGGACAACAUGCUGUGUGCGAGAAUACCGUUCCCGGCUACAAUUGCAAAUGCCCGCAGGGAUACGAUGGGAAACCCGAUCCCAAGGUGGCCUGCGAGCAGGUGGAUGUGAAUAUCCUGUGCAGCAGCAACUUCGAUUGCACCAACAAUGCGGAGUGCAUUGAGAAUCAGUGCUUCUGCCUGGACGGCUUCGAACCCAUUGGCUCCAGUUGUGUGGACAUCGAUGAGUGUCGCACCCACCUGGAGGUCUGUGGUCCCCAUGCCCAGUGCCUGAAUACCCCCGGAUCCUAUGGCUGCGAAUGCGAGGCGGGUUACGUGGGCAGUCCGCCAAGAAUGGCCUGCAAGCAGCCUUGCGAGGAUGUGCGAUGUGGAGCCCAUGCCUACUGCAAACCGGAUCAGAAUGAAGCCUACUGUGUGUGCGAGGAUGGAUGGACCUACAACCCGAGCGAUGUCUCGGCGGGAUGUGUGGACAUCGAUGAGUGCGAUGUGAUGCAUGGACCCUUCGGAAGUUGUGGUCAGAAUGCCACGUGCUCGAACAACGCGGGAGGAUUUACAUGUGCCUGUCCACCGGGCUUCUCGGGAGAUCCGCACUCCAAGUGCGUGGAUGUGGACGAGUGCCGCACGGGAGCCAGCAAAUGUGGAGCUGGAGCGGAGUGCGUAAAUGUACCAGGUGGUGGAUACACCUGUCGCUGCCCCGAGAACACCAUUGCCGAUCCCGAUCCCAGUAUUAGGUGUGUGCCCAUCGUAAGCUGCUCCUCAAAUGAGGAUUGUCCUGGUAACUCCAUCUGUGAUGCGACCAAGCGUUGUCUGUGCCCCGAGCCGAAUGUUGGAAAUGACUGCCGUCAUCCUUGUGAAGCCCUCAAUUGUGGAGCACAUGCCCAGUGCAUGUUGGCCAAUGGACAGGCUCAGUGCCUGUGUGCUCCGGGAUACACAGGAAACGCUGCUCUCCCAGGAGGCUGCAAUGACAUCGAUGAGUGUCGUGCUAAUCCCUGUGCGGAGAAGGCCAUCUGUUCGAAUACAGCUGGUGGCUAUCUGUGCCAGUGUGCCGGAGGAUCCGGUGGAGAUCCGUAUCGCGAGGGAUGCAUUACCUCCAAGAUGGAGGGUUGCUCCGACUCCAAUCCCUGUGCGACAGGUGAGACCUGUGUCCAGGACUCGUACACCCGCAACGGUGUGUGCAUCUGUCGACAGGGUUACGAGCGGAAUCCGGAGAAUGGCCAGUGCCAGGAUGUGGACGAGUGCUCGUUGCAGAGAGGAAAGCCCAUCUGUGGACUGAAUGCUCUGUGUAAGAAUCUGCCAGGAAGCUAUGAGUGCCGCUGCCCACAGGGUCACAAUGGAAACCCUUUCAUCAUGUGCGAGAUCUGCAAUACCCCGGAGUGCCAGUGUCAAUCUCCGUACAAGCUUGUUGGCAACAGUUGCGUUUUGUCGGGAUGCUCCACCAGUGGACAGGCCUGUCCCAGCGGAGCCGAGUGCAUCUCCAUAGCCGGAGGUGUUAGCUACUGUGCCUGUCCCAAGGGCUAUCAAACCCAGCCGGAUGGCAGCUGUGCCGAUGUCAACGAGUGCGAGGAACGUGGCACCCAACUGUGCGCCUUUGGAGCUCAGUGUGUAAAUACACCAGGUAGUUAUAGUUGCCACUGCCCCGAAGGAUACCAAGGAGAUGCCUAUAAUGGAUUGUGCGCUAUGGCACAGAGGAAAUGUGCUGCCGAUAAGGAGUGUGCCAGUAAUGAGAAGUGCAUCCAGCCGGGAGAGUGUGUUUGCCCACCGCCCUACUUCCUGGAUCCUGAGGACAACAACAAGUGCAAGAGCCCCUGUGAACGAUUCCCGUGCGGCAUCAAUGCCAAGUGCACACCCUCGGAUCCACCGCAAUGUAUGUGCGAGGCGGGAUUCAAGGGAGAUCCCCUGCUGGGCUGCACGGAUGAGGACGAGUGCGCCCAUCUGCCCUGCGCCUAUGGAGCCUACUGUGUGAACAAGAAGGGUGGCUACCAGUGUGUCUGCCCCAAGGACUAUACCGGAGAUCCGUACAAGAGUGGCUGCAUCUUUGAGAGCGGCACCGUAAAGACCGUUUGCCUGAGCAACGACGAUUGCGCCAGUAAUCUGGCCUGUCUGGAAGGAAGUUGCGUGAGUCCAUGUAGCAGUCUUCUGUGUGGAUCCAAUGCCUAUUGCGAGACGGAGCAGCAUGCCGGCUGGUGUCGCUGCCGAGUGGGAUUCGUGAAGAACGGAGACGGAGACUGUGUCUCCCAGUGCCAGGAUGUGAUCUGUGGUGAGGGAGCCCUUUGCAUUCCCACCAGCGAGGGACCCACCUGCAAGUGUCCACAAGGACAACUGGGUAAUCCCUUCCCCGGCGGCAGCUGCAGCACAGAUCAAUGCUCAGCCGCUAGACCUUGUGGCGAGCGACAGAUCUGCAUCAACGGAAGGUGCAAGGAGAGGUGCGAGGGUGUGGUCUGCGGUAUUGGAGCCACCUGCGAUAGAAACAACGGGAAGUGCGUCUGCGAACCGAACUUUGUGGGUAAUCCCGAUCUGAUCUGUAUGCCGCCCAUCGAGCAGGCCAAGUGCUCGCCAGGAUGCGGAGAGAACGCUCACUGCGAGUACGGUUUGGGUCAGAGCAGGUGCGCCUGCAAUCCCGGAACCUUUGGCAAUCCCUACGAGGGCUGUGGAGCGCAGAGCAAGAACGUCUGCCAGCCGAAUAGUUGUGGACCCAAUGCCGAGUGCCGUGCUGUGGGCAACCACAUUACCUGUCUUUGCCCGCAGGGCUUCAGUGGUAAUCCCUACAUUGGCUGCCAGGAUGUUGACGAGUGUGCCAACAAGCCGUGUGGUCUCAAUGCAGCCUGCCUUAAUAGACCUGGCGGAUUCGAGUGCCUGUGUCUCUCUGGACAUGCUGGUAAUCCCUACAGUAGCUGCCAACCCAUUGAGAGCAAGUUCUGCCAGGAUGCCAACAAGUGCCAGUGCAAUGAGCGAGUGGAGUGUCCCGAUGGCUACAGUUGCCAGAAGGGCCAGUGCAAGAACCUCUGCUCACAGGCUUCGUGUGGCCCCAGGGCCAUCUGCGAUGCCGGAAAGUGUAUCUGUCCCAUGGGAUACAUUGGAGAUCCCCAUGACCAGGUCCAGGGAUGCAGUGUGCGUGGUCAGUGUGGCAACGAUGCUGACUGCCUUCACUCAGAGAUCUGCUUCCAGUUGGGCAAGGGUCUGCGCAAGUGCGUGGAUGCUUGCUCAAAGAUUCAAUGUGGACCCAAUGCCCUCUGCGUUGCCGAGGAUCAUCGUUCCUCGUGCAUCUGCUCCGAUGGUUACUUUGGCAACCCAAGUAACCUGCAGGUGGGAUGCCAGCCGGAGAGAACGCUGCCCAAGGAAGCGGAUAAAUGUAAAUCGGAUCGGGACUGUGAACGAGGAUAUGGCUGUCAGGCCAGCGUUCAUGGCACCCGGGAGUGCGUUGACCUCUGCUCCAAUGUCGUCUGCGGACCCAACGAGCUGUGCAAGAUCAACCCAGCUGGACAUGCGAUUUGCAACUGUGCCGAAAGCUAUGUCUGGAACCCGGUGGUCUCCUCCUGCGAGAAGCCCUCGCUGCCGGACUGCACCAGUGACGCCAACUGUCCGGAUGCAUCCGCCUGUCGCCCAGAUGUCCUGGGUGUGCUCAAGUGCGUGGCCAUCUGCGAUGCCUUCACCUGUCCAGCCAACUCCGUUUGCGUGGCUCGUCAGCACCAGGGACGCUGUGAUUGCCUCAAUGGCUUUGUGGGUAACCCGAACGAUCGGAAUGGCUGCCAGCCAGCCCAGAAACACCACUGCAGAAACCAUGCCGAGUGCCAGGAGUCGGAGGCCUGCAUCAAGGAUGAGGCCACCCAAACCCUUGGCUGUCGACCAGCCUGCGAUACGGUUAAGUGUGGUCCCCGUGCCGUUUGUGUCACCAAUAACCAUCAGGCGCAGUGCCAAUGUCCACCUGGUCCGUUUGCCGGCGAUCCCUACGAUCCCUUCAAUGGCUGUCAGAGUGUUCCUUGUGUCUACAACCAUGACUGUCCACCUAGCCAGAUGUGCAACCGGAUGACCCACACCUGUUUCGAUGUAUGCGACGAGGAGUCCUGCGGGGAGAAUGCCAUUUGCUUGGCGGAAGAUCAUCGUGCCGUCUGCCAGUGCCCACCUGGAUUCAAGGGAGACCCACUCCCGGAAGUGGCCUGUACCAAGCAGGGCGGUUGUGCCGCUGGAACCUGCCAUCCCUCGGCCAUUUGUGAAGUGACCCCCGAGGGACCGGUCUGCAAGUGUCCGCCGCUCUUCGUUGGCGAGCCCAAGUCGGGUGGUUGCCGUCCAGAUGGUCAGUGCCCGAAUGGAGAUGCCGACUGCCCGGCAAACACAAUCUGCGCUGGAGGAAGAUGCCAGAAUCCCUGCGACAAUGCCUGUGGAUCGAAUGCCGAGUGCAGGGUGGUCAAUAGGAAGCCCGUCUGCAGUUGUCCCCUGCGGUUCCAGCCUGUUUCCGAUACGGCCAAGGAUGGAUGUGCCCGAACCAUAUCCAAUUGCCUCACGGACGUCGACUGUGGAGGAGCAUUGUGCUACAAUGGACAGUGCCGUAUUGCCUGCAGGAAUAGCCAGGAUUGCUCAGAUGGAGAAAGCUGCCUGAAGAACGUCUGCGUGGUGGCCUGUCUGGAUCACAGUCAGUGCUCCACGGGAUUGGCCUGCGUGGAGGGUCACUGCACCAUCGGGUGUCGCAGCAACAAGGAGUGCAAGCAGGAUCAGUCCUGCAUUGAGAACAAGUGUCUGAAUCCCUGCCAGUCGGCCAGUAGCUGUGGUCCCAAUGCCCUGUGCAGCAUUGCCCAGCACCGGAGCCAGUGCAGCUGCCCAGAGGGAUUCGAAGGUAAUCCCACUCCGGAACAGGGAUGCGUGCGUGUGCCAGCUCCCUGCUUGGCCAGCAAUCAGUGCCCCAGUGGACACAUGUGCAUUGGCAAUCAGUGCAAUCUGCCCUGCACCAAGACCUCCUCCUGUGCGGUUGGAGAACGUUGCUAUCAACAGGUGUGCCGCAAGGUAUGCUACACCAGCAACAACUGUUUGGCCGGAGAGAUCUGUAACUCGGACAGGACGUGCCAACCGGGUUGUGACUCCGAUGCCGAUUGUCCACCCACCGAACUGUGCCUCACUGGAAAAUGCAAGUGCGCCACCGGAUUUAUUGGAACUCCCUUCGGAUGCUCGGAUAUUGAUGAGUGCACGGAACAACCCUGCCAUGCCAGCGCUCGAUGCGAGAACCUUCCGGGAUCCUAUCGAUGUGUAUGUCCCGAGGGAACUGUCGGCGAUGGAUACUCUCAGCAGGGUUGCUCGCAGCCCAGACAAUGCAAUAAACCAGACGAUUGUGCCAACAAUCUGGCCUGUAUUCAUGGAAAGUGCACGGAUCCUUGCUUGCACACCGUUUGCGGAUUAAAUGCCCACUGCCAAUCGGAGGGACAUGAAGCCUUAUGCAGCUGUCCAGCUGGAUUUUUGGGUGACCCCAACGACACCGGAGUGGGUUGCUUCAAGGUGGAGUGCAUCGACAAUGUGGAUUGUGCCGGAGAUCGUGCCUGCGAUGCGGAAACCAAUCGCUGUAUUAAACCCUGCGACCUUACAAGUUGCGGAAAGGGCAAUUGCCAGGUGGAGGACCACAAGGCUGUGUGUGCCUGCUACGAGGGCUAUCAGUUGGUCAACGGAGUGUGUGAGGAUGUCAACGAGUGCCUGUCGCAACCAUGCCACAGCACCGCCUUCUGCAACAAUCUGCCGGGAAGCUAUAAUUGCCAGUGUCCCGAGGGUUUGAUCGGAGAUCCCCUGCAGGCCGGUUGCCGGGAUCCCAAUGAGUGUCUGAGUGAUGCGGACUGUCCCGCCUCAGCCAGUUGCCAGAACUCCCGAUGCCGUAGUCCUUGCGAACGCCAGAAUGCUUGCGGAUUGAAUGCCAAUUGCCAGGCGCAGGCUCAUCAGGCCAUUUGCACUUGUCCCCAGAAUUCUCGCGGAGAUCCCACCGUCGAGUGCGUGCACAUCGAGUGCUCGGACAAUGACGACUGCUCAGGGGAGAAGGCCUGCCUGGACGCGAAGUGCAUCGAUCCCUGUUCCCUGCCCAAUGCCUGUGGAGCUCAGGCUCGUUGCUCGGUGCAGAACCACAUUGGAGUGUGUUCCUGUGAGGCCGGAAGUACCGGAGAUGCCAAGUUGGGAUGCGUGCAGCUGCAGUACUGCCAACAAGAUGGACAGUGUGCCCAGGGAAGCAUCUGCUCCCAUGGUAUUUGCAGUCCCCUGUGCAGCACCAACCGCGAUUGCAUCUCGGAACAGUUGUGUUUGCAGGGCGUCUGCCAAGGAACCUGCAAGUCGAACUCCACCUGCCCCCAGUUCCAGUUCUGUUCGAAUAACAUUUGCACCAAGGAGCUGGAGUGCCGAUCAGAUGACGAGUGUGGCGAGGAUGAGACCUGUCUCAGUGAUGCCUAUGGACGGGCCAAGUGUGAGUCCGUGUGCCUGGGUCGCGCUGCCUGUGGCCGAAAUGCCGAGUGUGUCGCCCGUUCCCAUGCUCCCGACUGCCUCUGCAAGGAAGGAUUCUUCGGGGACGCCAAGUCCGGAUGCCGCAAGAUCGAGUGCAGCAGCGAUGAUGACUGCUCGAAUGACAAGAGCUGCGACAACCAUAUGUGCAAGAUCGCCUGCCUCAUCGGACAGCCGUGUGGAGAGAAUGCACUCUGCACCACCGAGCACCACCAGCAGGUGUGCCACUGCCAACCAGGAUUCUCGGGAGAUCCGCGCGUGCGUUGCGAUGUCAUCGACUUUUGCCGCGAUGCUCCGUGCGGACCCGGAGCCCGUUGCCGGAACGCGAGGGGGUCGUACAAGUGCACCUGUCCCCCGGGACUCGUUGGUGAUCCGUACAACGAGGGCUGUCGCAGCUCCGUCGAGUGCGAGACCAACGAGGACUGUCCCCCGCACGCUGCAUGCACCACAACCAAUGGGGUGGCCAAGUGCCGCGAUGUCUGUGCCCAGCUGCAGUGUGGCCCCAAUGCGGAAUGUGUUCCGAAGGGCCAUGUCGCGCAGUGUGCAUGCCGCAGCGGCUACGAUGGCCAACCCGCCGACCGGGUGGCCGGCUGUAAGCCGCUGCCCGUUCCCUGUCAGGUCACCGGCGACUGUCCGACCAACACUUACUGCUCGGAUAGCGUCUGCAAACCUGCCUGUGUUCUGGACACCGAAUGUGGAGCAUCCGAGGUGUGUCAAGGUGGCCAAUGUUUCAAUCCCUGCCUACAGCCGCAGGCUUGUGGACAGAAUGCCGAGUGCGUGAUGCAGAAUCACCUGAAACAGUGCCAUUGCCCGGAGGGCUUCACCGGUGACUCAGCCAAGGAGUGCGUGCGUGUGCCGGUGGCCUGCGAUGUGGACUGUGCACCAGGAUACACCUGCCGUGACUCCAUGUGCCUGCCUGUGUGCCACAACGAUCUGGAGUGCGCAUCCAACGAGAAGUGCCUGAAGGGCAAUUGUAUGCUGACCUGCCGAGUGGACAACGAUUGUUUCCUGGGUCACGUUUGCCUGCACAACAAGUGCGUGUAUGGCUGCCAUGUGGAUGAUGACUGCAGUGCCUCCGAGUCCUGCCGCAAUGAUAAGUGCGUAAACCCCUGUGUGGAGAAUCCCUGUGGUCCCAAUGCCGCCUGUUCGGUGUCCAACCACCGGGCUAGCUGCAGCUGCCUGGAGAGCAUGGUGCCCAAUCCCACGCCCCAGGUGGGCUGCGUCCGUUCUCCCCCCUUGGAAUGCCGCGAGAAUCGCGACUGUGGCAAUGGAUUGGCCUGCUUCGAGUCGGUUUGCCGACCUCUGUGCGCCGAUGAUGCCGGCUGUUUAACCAACGAACGCUGCCAGCAGGGAGUUUGCAAGCCCCUCUGCCGCCACGACAAUGAGUGCGGUCAUGGAGAACUCUGCCUGGGACUGAACUGUGUGCCUGGCUGCCGCUCCGACCAGGGCUGCCCCCAGGACUUGUCCUGCGUGGGCCAGCAGUGCGUGGAUCCCUGUGCCGAUCCCACUGCCUGCGGCACCAAUGCCCAAUGCCAGACGAUCGAUCACAGGAAGCAGUGCUCUUGCCCGGAGGGUCUGGAUGGCAAUGCCAAUGUGGCCUGCAAGGUGCCUCGCAUUGCUUGUGGAAGGAACGAGGAUUGCCAGUCGAAUCAGCUCUGCUACGCAGGCAGCUGCCAAGGAAAGUGCAGGAACGAUCAGAACUGCCUGGCAGAUGAGCGUUGCAUGAGGGGCACCUGUAGGACCGUGUGCAACACGGACGAGGCCUGUGCCCAGGGACAGAUUUGCGAGAAUCGCAUGUGCCAGACUGGUUGCCGUACGGAUUUGAGUUGUGCCAGCGACGAGGCCUGCGUGAACAAGAAGUGCCAGAACCCAUGUCGCACGCCAGGUCAAUGUGGCCAGUGUGCCGACUGCCUGGUAGUCAACCACGGUGUCCAAUGCCAGUGCCCCGCCUCCUUCAUGGGCGACGGUCUGACUGGUUGUCAACUGCCGCCGGAACGUUGCCAUCCCGGUUGCGAGUGCGAUGAGAACGGAGCCUACUGUGCCACCAAGUGCUCCAGAAGCGAGGACUGCGCCUGCGGACAGCAGUGUGCCCGAGGAAAGUGCCGGAACAAGUGCGGACCCAAGCGUCAGUGUACGGUGGGUCAGCUGUGUGAGCGAGGAGCUUGCAUUGCCGGAUGCAAAUCGAACGGAGACUGUGCCGCCGACCAGAGUUGUGUCAAUGGAAAGUGCUCGGAUCCUUGUGCCAACGACAAGGCCUGCGGAAGGAAUGCCCUAUGCACCGUGUCCGAACACCGGAUGCUCUGCUACUGCCCCGAUGGCUACGAGGGCGAGCCCAGCAAGGAGUGCGUGCAGUUCGAGUGCCGUGUGGACACCGAUUGCGACACCAACAAGCGCUGCGACCAAGGCAAGUGCCGUAAUCCCUGCCUGGAGUAUGGAGCUUGCGGCACCAAUGCCCAGUGUCGGGUGGUGGGUCGCAAGGCCCAGUGCUCCUGCCCACCGGACUUCUUUGGCAAUCCUAUCAGUGAGUGCCGACCCCUGGAAGGAGGCUGCUCAAGCAAACCCUGUGGUGAGAACUCCAAGUGCACUGAGGUGCCUGGCGGCUAUGAGUGCGCCUGCAUGGAUGGCUGCAUUGGAGAUGCCCACCAGGGAUGUCUCUGCGGUGGACCGCUAGUGAAUGCCUGUCAGGAUCAGCCUUGUGGCUUGAACGCCGCCUGCCAUGUGCUGGACAAUAAUCAAGCCGAGUGCUACUGCCCGGAGGACUUCCCCAAUGGAGAUGCCUAUGUGCAAUGUUACUUGACCCCACCAAAGCAGGAUUGUCGCACCCAAGGAUGUGAAGUGGGUGACUGUGUGCGCCAGGGCUACGAAUAUGUCUGCCAGCAGGACACCGAACAAUGCUACUCAGAUACGGAUUGUCCCAGUGAAAAGUCAUGCCUCCAAGGACACUGCAGCGAUCCUUGUACAAUGCGUGGCGUGUGUGGUUUGAAUGCGCUCUGCAAAACCGUACUGCAUCGUCCGCGCUGCUCCUGCCCCAGCUGCCACGUUGGUCGGCCGGAGGUCGAGUGCAAGCCCGAUCCCAAGUGCCUGUUGGAGGACACGGAUGCGAAGACCAAGGAGCAGAUCCCAUGCUCCAGGGACUCCGAGUGUCCGGAGACGUUGCAGUGCGGCCAGUACGGCCAAUGCACAGAUCCUUGCAACAAUCCGCUCUUCAUCUGCGAGAGCAACAAGAAGUGCGAGACGCGACGCCAUCAGCCGGUUUGCAUCUGCAAGUCUGGCUUCAUAGUGAAUGAGUACGGGGAACUGACGUGUGCCCCCGAUAAGCGGGAGUGCUAUCGCGAUGAUGACUGCGCCUCGAACAUGGCCUGCACCGAUGGCAAGUGCCGCAAUCCGUGCAUCGUACCCCUGGGCAGAGCCGCCAUCUGUGCGGAGAACAAGUCCUGCGAGGUGCAGAACCACAAGCCCGUUUGCAUUUGUAUGCGCGACUGCCAGCCAUCAAUAUCGAUUUGCCUGCGCGACGCCGGGUGUCCGGCGAGCCAGGCCUGCCGGAAGCUCAAGUGCGUCGAUCCGUGCGAGUUUGCCACGUGCGCACCCAACUCGCCAUGCAUUGUAGAGGAUCACAAGCCGAUAUGUAAAUUCUGCCCAGCUGGAUUUAUAGCCGAUGCCAAGAAUGGAUGUCAAAAAGAAAUCGGUUGCGCAUCGAGUGAUGAGUGCCCCUCCCAGCAGGCGUGCAUUAAUGCUCUUUGCGUGGAUCCUUGCACCUACGACAAUCCCUGCAGCCGUAAUGAAGAUUGCCGUGUGUUCAACCAUCAGCCGCUGUGUUCAGCCGAACAUGGUCGCACACCUGGCUGUGAGCAUUGUCCACCAGGCGCGAACUGCGAUCCCACAACAGGUGCUUGUAUAAAGGCUAACGUAACAAUAACAACUAUUACUACCAAGAACUCCACAUCUACCAAGAUACCAACGAAACCAAGAACAACAGCUAACCCAAACACAGGCGUCAAAACGACGCCGACAACCACAAGGGUCACCACAAGAACCACGACCACAACCACUACUACCACUUCCUCCACUAGCACUGAAUCGAGCACAAUCACAAGCGCUACUAACCAGACCAGUAAGAAUCACAAACCAGACACAGAAAGCACCACCUCCCACACCGAUGCCACGAGACGCUAUCGCGAUGGGGAAAACAAUAUAACCGAUACGCCAACUCCGAGGCCCACGGUCCAGAUGACCAAGUUGCGAGGCGAAGAUAUCAUAGGUGACAGUCAAAGGCGGUCCACUACAACGCCCAAAAUGAAGACCACCCGGCUGGAUACUUCGAACGAAGUCCCAGAUACCACUACACCUUGGCCGAUCGAGCUGCCAACCACGGAGGGCACCACCACGGAGGUCUACAACACCAUGAUUGCUCCGCUGGGCAACACCACUGACACCUCAUUAAUUAACCCAUGUACAGUAGAUACUAACUGUGCUCCUAACGAGCACUGUAAGCUGGGCCAUUGCCGUAAGAAAGAACCGCCGGGUUCACCGAAAACACCCGAACCAUGUCAAUCUAACAACGACUGCAUUGAGAGCGAGGCCUGUUACAUGGGUCUGUGCCAGGAUCCCUGCGAGUUUGCCAAGAUUUGUGCCGCGACUGCCAAGUGUACGGCCAAAAGUCAUCGACCAGUUUGCACUUGUCCGCAGGGCCAUGAGGGCAAUCCGAUGGUCAAGUGUGUAACCACUCAAACCUCAAUUGAAUGCACUGACGAUUCGGACUGUGGUGUCACGGAAGCGUGCAUAAACCAACUCUGCCAGCAUCCUUGCGAUGUUCAUGAUCCUUGCGCCACGAAUGCCGUUUGCAUUAACACCAACCAUGCAGCCGAUUGCAGCUGUGCAGAUGGCUUCCAGGGCAAUGGAUUUGUUGGCUGUCAGCCAGCACGUACCCAUGUAUGUCAAUACAACGAGGAUUGUCCGCCGACGAAGCUCUGUGAUCGCCUGAACCGUCGCUGCAUUAAUCCCUGCCAAGAGGACUCGUGCGGCGAGAAUGCCGAGUGUAUACCCGUGAACCAUGGAACUGACUGUCGCUGCCUGCCCGGAUUCCUCGGAAACGCCUAUGUGCAGUGUCUUCCCAGUCAGGGUUGCCGUUCCGAUUCCGAGUGUGAUUCCAGUCAGGCCUGCAUCAACGGAAAGUGCUCAUCGCCAUGCCAGUGUGGAGCUUUUGCCCUCUGCGAUGUGGUCAACCAUCGCGGUGUAUGCAAGUGCCCUCCUGGCUACAACGGCAAUCCCCAGGUGGGCUGCAGUCCACCCCAGGACCCUUGCGACCCCAAUCCAUGUGGCUUAAAUGCCCUGUGCGAACUGGACAAUGGCAAUCCCAUCUGCUACUGCCCCAAGGGUCUUACAGGAAAUCCCUUUAAGAAUUGCAUUCCUGAGGGAGAUGAGUGCACGCCGAAUCCAUGUGGACCCAACUCUGGAUGCCGUCGCGUGGAUGGCAACCCGAUUUGCUUCUGCCUGCCGGAAUACGAGGGUCAACCGCCUUCGAUUCCCUGUGAACUGCCCUCAAACCCCUGUGAUCCGUCGCCAUGUGGACCGAAUACCCAGUGCUCCGUUCUCAGCAACGGUUUCUCCAAGUGCACCUGUCUGCCGAACUAUGUGGAGAGCCCGAACACCAUCCGAGGCUGCGUUGAACCUAUCAAUCCAUGCGACCCCAAUCCCUGUGGAGUUGGAGCCAUCUGCGAUUCAUCGCGUCAGCCCGUGUGCUACUGUCCGGACAACAAGAUUGGAAAUCCCUUCAGGUUGUGCGACAAGCCGGCCGUUACCAUUGAGCUUUGUCAACCAGGACCUUGCGGCAAAAAUGCCGACUGCUAUGUGGCUGGAAAUCGCGAGGAGUGCUACUGUCGCUCCGGAUAUGUGGGAGAUGCUUAUCAAGAAUGCCGUGAACCCAGUCGCACCGUUUGCGAUCCCAAUCCUUGUGGACCCAAUGCCAACUGCGUGGUGGCCGGCGACGGACAAACCGCUUGCGUUUGUCCCGACGGCUUGUCCGGUGAUCCCACAUCUCUGAUUGGAUGCCACGGCUACGAGUGCCAGGUAGAUGCAGAUUGUCCCAACAGUAAGGCCUGCAUGGGCUACCGCUGCUACGAUCCCUGCCCCGGAGCCUGUGGCCAAGGAGCCCACUGCCAAGUGGAGGAACAUCACCCAGUGUGCUCCUGUAAUGCCGGAUUAACUGGCAACCCAGGAGUUCGCUGCUAUGCACUGGAUCAUCCCAAGACAAAUCCUUGCGUUCCAAGCCCGUGUGGCAGGAAUAGUGAGUGCAAGUUGCUGAAUAACCGAGCUGUCUGCUCCUGCAUCCCAGGUUAUCUGGGUGAUCCUCAGUCGGGAUGCCGGCCAGAAUGCGACAUCAACUCGGAUUGCGGUGAUACCUUGUCUUGCAUCAACCACAAGUGCGUGGAUCCCUGUGCCGGAGCGAUCUGUGGCAUCAAUGCCAUCUGCAAUGUGCGCCAGCACACUCCAGUAUGCCUUUGCUUGGACGGAUUUGUGGGCGAUGCCUUUUUGCAGUGCGUACCCAUUGGAAUACUGAAGAACGUUUCGCGGGACCCCUGUGCCCCGUCGCCCUGUGGACCCCAUGAUGUUUGCUCGGUGUUUGGCGAUGGAGUGGCUCUUUGUGAUCCCUGCUUUGGACCCAAUGCCCAGCAGAAUCCCCGCUGCCGACCGGAGUGUGUGGCCAAUUCGGAUUGUCCGUUUGAUCGCGCCUGUCUGGGCCAGCGCUGUCAGGAUCCCUGUCCCGGAUCUUGUGGACGAAAUGCCAUCUGCAAUGUGUACGAACACAAUCCCGUCUGUGCUUGCCCCACGGGUCUUUUUGGAAAUCCCUACGAACAGUGCACCACGCAGUCGGUGUUGGAGCCACCACAACCAAGCUGCGCCAAGCUCCGUUGUGGUGCCAAUGCGGAGUGCAAGCGUCAGCACAGCGGUCUGGCCUGCGUCUGCCGCAAGGGUUACUUCGGAGACCCACACAUCGGUUGCAGACCGGAGUGCGUGCUCAACAGUGACUGUCCUGCGGAGAAGGCCUGCCUAAAUUCCAAGUGCGUGGAGGCUUGUGUCGGCGUUUGUGGCAUCAAUGCCAUUUGCCGUGUGGUCAACCAUGCACCGGUUUGCAUCUGUGCCGAGGGUUACAGCGGAGACGCCUCCAUUUCCUGCAAUCCCUUCUACCUGCCGCCACCUCCAGUGCGACCAAAUCCAUGUGAGCCAUCGCCCUGUGGACCGAACUCCCGCUGCAAGACCACUCCAGAUGGCUAUGCAGCCUGUUCCUGCCUGCCGAACUUCAAGGGAGCUCCGCCAGUCUGCCAGCCAGAGUGCGUGGUUAGCUCGGAGUGUGCCCCCAACCAGGCGUGUCUCAACCAGAGGUGUGCCGAUCCCUGUCCGGGUAUCUGCGGUGGAGGAGCUCGUUGCGAAGUGCUUAACCACAAUCCCAUUUGCUCUUGCGAGGCCAACUUCGAGGGCGAUCCAUUUGUGGCCUGCUCACCCGCUCAGGAUCCAGGUCGCGAAAUCGCUGUGACAAAGAACCCGUGCGUGCCAUCCCCCUGCGGACCUAACUCCAUAUGCCAAAUCAAACAGAACCGACCAGUCUGCUCCUGUGUGGCCAACUACAUUGGCAGCCCGCCGUACUGCCGGCCGGAGUGCACGUUGAGCAGUGAGUGUCCUACGGACAAGGCCUGCAUCCAGGAGAAGUGCCAGAAUCCGUGUGCCAACAUCUGCGGGCAUAAUGCCCGUUGUACGGUCAUUGCGCACUCCGCCCACUGUAGCUGCGAUGAUGACUACGAGGGAGAUGCCUUCAUCGGUUGCUCCAAGAAGGUUACAGAAAGACCCAGUGACCCCAUCAAUCCAUGCUAUCCGAAUCCUUGUGCCGAGAACGCUGUUUGCACACCUCACAAUAAUGCCGCUCGCUGUACCUGCAUUGAGCCCUACAAUGGCGAUCCGUACAGCACCGGAUGUCGUCCGGAGUGUAUCUACAGCUCUGAGUGUCCUUCGUCGCUGGCCUGCAUCAAGCAGCACUGUCGCGAUCCCUGCACAGCUGCCUGUGGAGCUAAUGCGGAGUGCGCAGUGGUAAAUCACUUGGCCUCUUGCAGUUGCACUCGAGGAUUCGAGGGUAAUCCGUUCGAAGGAUGCAAGCGAGUGCCAAUUGUGCGACCCGAAAGCGUGUGUGAGCCGAAUCCGUGUGGACCCAAUAGCGUCUGUCGCACCGUCGAGGGACAUCCCACGUGCAGCUGCCAGGUUGGUUAUUUCGGAGCUCCGCCCCAGUGCAGACCCGAAUGUGUGGUCAGCUCGGAGUGUGCCCAGCAUCUGGCCUGCAUCAACCAGAAGUGUACGGAUCCCUGUGCUGAGAAUUGCGGAUUCAACGCCAAGUGUCGGGUGAACAACCACAAUCCCAUCUGCUCCUGCCCACCCAACUAUGUUGGCAAUCCAUUCGAACAAUGUGUGCCAAAACCACCACCAGAAGCGGAACGCCAUGCUGAUCCUUGCCUACCCAGCCCAUGUGGCUCCAAUUCCGUUUGUCGCAAUGUGAACAAUCGAGCGGAGUGCUCUUGUGCCCCAGGAAUGUUUGGAGCCCCACCAAAUUGUCGACCCGAGUGUGUGAUUAAUCAGGAUUGCCCAUCGAAUCGGGCUUGCAUACGUCAAAGAUGCGAAGAUCCCUGUAUCGGAAUUUGCGGCUUCAAUGCCGUGUGCUCCACCCAAAACCAUCAGCCCAAGUGCAGUUGCAUUGAAAGCUUCGAGGGUGAUCCGUACACCGCCUGCAGAAUGCGUGAGAUCGUGGUGCCAGAUCUACCCUCUGAUCCAUGCUACCCAUCGCCAUGUGGUGCCAAUGCCAUUUGUCGUGUGCGCAAUGGAGCCGGCUCCUGCACCUGCAUCCAGAACUAUUUCGGUGACCCGUACAUCAAUUGCCGCCCGGAAUGCGUGCAGAAUAGCGAUUGUCCCGGCAGCCGGGCCUGUAUCAAUAUGAAGUGCCGCGAUCCCUGCGCCAAUGCAUGCGGAUUCAAUGCCAUCUGUCGGGUGGCCCACCACCAGCCGGUGUGCAGUUGUGAACCGGGGUUCACCGGCAAUCCACUGCGCGCAUGCGUCGAAAGACCCACAAAUAUGUACCUGCCCCUGCCAAAAGACCCUUGUAGACCCUCACCUUGUGGCCUAUUCAGCACUUGCCAUGUGGUUGGGGAUCGUCCCGUGUGUGCCUGCUUGCCAGACUACAUGGGUGCUCCUCCCAACUGCAAGCCCGAGUGCAUGACCAGUGCCGAGUGUCCCUCGGACAGGGCCUGUAUUAACCAACGGUGCAAAGAUCCGUGUCCCGGAACUUGCGGCUACAAUGCUCGUUGUCGCUGCACCAAUCACUCGCCCAUCUGCAGUUGCUACGAUGGCUACACUGGGGAUCCGUUCCACCAGUGCGUGCCUGAAAGAAAACCACCGCCAAUAGCCGAUCCCAUUGUACCACCCAAUCCUUGUGUGCCAUCACCUUGUGGACCCAAUUCUCAAUGCCAGGUCUCGAGCAGCGGAGCAGUCUGCUCCUGCGUAACCAACUACAUAGGACGUCCGCCUGGCUGUCGGCCAGAGUGCAGCAUAAAUUCCGAGUGCCCGGCCAGAAUGGCAUGCAUCAAUGCUCGAUGUGCCGAUCCCUGUAUCGGAUCUUGUGGAAACAACGCACUCUGUCAUGUCAGCCUGCAUGCCCCGGUUUGCAUGUGCGAACCUGGUUUCUCCGGCGAUCCGUUCUCUGGCUGCUACAAGAUCAUUGAGACGCCCAUUGAGGUGAUCCAACCCUGUCGUCCCAGUCCGUGUGGCUUGAAUGCUCUUUGCGAGGAGCGAAAUCAAGCCGCCGCAUGCAAGUGUCUACCGGAGUAUUUUGGCGAUCCGUACGUCGAGUGUCGCCCCGAGUGUGUCAUCAACUCGGACUGUCCCAGGUCGCGUGCCUGCGUCAACCAGAAGUGCGUGGAUCCGUGUCCGGGAAUGUGUGGUCACAGCGCCCAGUGCGCCGUCUUCAACCACGCCCCCAACUGCGAGUGCCUACCUGGUUACACGGGUAACCCCAUCGUUGGUUGCCACCAGGUCCCUGAGAUUCGCUAUCCCGACCCCAUACUGCCCGAAAAUCCUUGCCAACCCUCGCCCUGUGGCCUCUACAGCAACUGUCGUCCAGUCAAUGGCCACGCAGUCUGCUCCUGUGUGCCCAACUACAUCGGUUCCCCUCCCAACUGCCGGCCCGAGUGCAUGAGCAGCUCGGAGUGUGCGCAGGACAAGUCGUGCCUCAACGAACGCUGCAAGGAUCCCUGCCCGGGCACCUGUGGCAACAACGCCCUCUGCCGCGUGGUCAACCACAACCCCAUUUGCUCCUGCAGUCCCGGCUUCAGCGGUGAUCCCUUCGUGCGCUGCUUCCCGCAAGAGAAGCGGCCGGAAAUCACCCAUGAUCGCAUCGAUCCGUGCGUUCCCUCGCCAUGUGGUCCCAACUCUGAGUGCCGGGUAUCUCCUGCCAAUGAGCAGGCUGUCUGCUCAUGCUUGCAACAUUAUGUGGGUAGGGCUCCGAAUUGCCGGCCGGAGUGCACCUCGGACUCCGAGUGCCCCGGCAAUUUGGCCUGCAUCAAUCUGCGCUGCCGGGAUCCGUGUGUCGGUACCUGCGGGAUCCAGACCACUUGCCUUGUAAAUAACCAUAGACCCAUUUGCCGCUGCAUUGACGGCUAUGCAGGGGACCCAUUCUCAGAGUGUAGUCCGAAGAUUAUUGUCCCGCCAGAGGUGGCACAACCCUGCAACCCGAGUCCCUGCGGCGCCAAUGCCGUGUGCAAGGAGCGCAAUGGAGUUGGCUCCUGCUCCUGCCUGCCGGAGUACAAUGGAGACCCCUACACCGAGUGCCGACCGGAGUGUGUGCUCAAUAGUGACUGCUCGAAGAACCGCGCCUGCCUCAACAACAAGUGCCGCGAUCCCUGUCCCGGUGUCUGUGGCGUCUCCGCCGAGUGCCAUGUGAUCAAUCACGCCCCCAGCUGCAGUUGUCCUUCCGGAUUCACGGGCAAUCCCUCGCAAUAUUGUCGGGAGAUACCAAAAUUGGCCGCUCCCGUUGAACCAUGCCGUCCAUCGCCCUGCGGUCCUUAUAGCCAGUGCCGUGAGGUGAACGGUCAUGCGGUUUGCUCCUGCGUUACCAACUACAUUGGCACUCCGCCCGCCUGUCGUCCGGAGUGCUCGGUUAGCUCCGAGUGUGCUCAGGACAGGGCGUGCGUGAACCAGCGCUGUGUGGACCCAUGUACGGGCAAUUGUGGCAACGAGGCCAUCUGCAAGGUGACCAACCACAAUCCGAUCUGCUCCUGCCCAGCCGGCUACAGCGGCGAUCCAUUCGUACGCUGUGCGCCGUGGCAGGAGGAGCCGGAGCAGCCCAAGUCCAAUGAGAAUCCCUGUGUGCCCAGUCCCUGCGGACGCAAUUCCCAGUGCCGUGUUGUGGGUGACACGGGUGUCUGCUCCUGCCUGCCCAAUUUCGUGGGCAGGGCACCCAACUGUCGACCAGAGUGUACCAUCAACACCGAGUGUCCCGCCACCCUGGCCUGCGUCAAUGAGCGCUGCCAGGAUCCCUGUCCGGGAUCGUGUGGCUUCAAUGCCUUCUGCAGUGUGGUGAAUCACUCGCCCGUCUGCUCCUGCGACAAUGGUUACACUGGUGAUCCGUUCGCCGGAUGCAAUCCCCAACCUCCGACCGUGCCCGAUGAGCGCCUGACUCCCUGCCAACCCUCGCCCUGUGGCCCUAAUGCCGAGUGCCGUGAGCGCAACGGAGCCGGCUCCUGUACUUGUUUGCCGGAGUACUUCGGUGAUCCGUACAGUGGCUGCCGUCCGGAGUGUGUGGUGAACAGUGAUUGCUCGCGCGACAGGUCGUGUGUCAACCAGAAAUGCGUGGACCCGUGUCCAGGUGUUUGUGGUUUAAAUGCCCAGUGUCGCGUGUCCAAUCAUCUGCCCAGUUGCACUUGCCUGGCCGGAUACACUGGAAACCCAUCAAGCGCGUGCCGUGAAAUUCCUCAGUUGCCCCCACCACCCGAACGGGAUGAGAACCCCUGUAGACCCUCGCCCUGUGGUCCCUACAGCCAGUGCCGCGAGGUCAACGGCCAUGCCGUGUGCUCCUGCCUUCAGGGUUACAUCGGCUCAGCGCCCAGCUGUCGGCCCGAGUGCAUCAUUAGCUCGGAUUGCGCCCAAGAUCUCAACUGUCAGAAUCAGAAGUGCGUGGACCCGUGUCCCGGCACUUGUGGCAUCGAGGCGCGCUGCCAGGUCAUUAACCACUAUCCCGCAUGCUCCUGUGCCCCAGGUUUUACCGGAGAUCCCUUCAACCGGUGCACUAAGAUAUUGUUGGAGCCCCCACCCACCGAAAAGUCCGGUAAUCCCUGCAUCCCCUCACCGUGCGGACCCAACUCGAAAUGCCUCGAUGUCCGUGGUUCGCCUGCAUGCUCCUGUCUGCCCGACUACCUAGGACGUCCGCCCAACUGCCGGCCCGAGUGCCUCAGUAGCGCCGACUGUCCGGCCAAUCUGGCCUGUGUGAACCAGCGCUGCUCGAACCCAUGCGUCGGCGCCUGCGGCCUGCACUCCGUGUGCACGGUCAUCAAGCAUCGGCCGGCAUGCGAGUGUGUGCCUGGUUACACCGGAGAUCCCUUCUCCGGCUGUGCGAUCGUACAGCAAAUUCCCCCGCCGGAUGAGCCCAGGAAUCCCUGCAAUCCUAGUCCCUGUGGAGCUAAUGCCAUUUGCCGGGAGCGCAAUGGAGCUGGCUCUUGCGCCUGCUUGCCGGAGUACUUUGGUGAUCCGUACAGCGGCUGCCGCCCGGAAUGUGUUCAGAACGACGACUGCGAUCGCUCGCGUGCCUGCAUCAACAACAAGUGCCAGGAUCCAUGUCCCGGAGCCUGUGGCAUUAAUGCCGAGUGCAGGGUCUUGAAUCAUGGACCAAACUGCAACUGUUUCGAUGGCUACACCGGAGAUCCGCAUCGCUCAUGCUCGCUGAUCGAGAUGGUCACCAGACGGCCGGAGAACCCAUGCCAACCCUCACCCUGCGGACCAUACAGCCAGUGUUUGGACACCAACAGUCAUGCGGUGUGCAGCUGCCUUGAGGGCUACAUUGGAGCUCCUCCUAGCUGCAAACCAGAGUGUGUGGUCAGUUCGGAGUGCCCUCAGAACAGGGCGUGCAUAAACCAGAAGUGCGAGGAUCCAUGCCGCGGUUCGUGCGGUAACAAUGCCAAGUGCCAAGUCGUGAACCACAAUCCCAUCUGUACGUGCCAGCCCGGCAUGACGGGAGAUCCGAUCUCGGGCUGUGAGCCCACUCCUGAGGUCAAAAACGUGGAGAACCCGUGUGUGCCAUCGCCAUGUGGACCCAACUCCGUUUGCCGUGAGAUUGGCAACCAGGCCGCUUGCUCCUGCAAGACCAACUACAUUGGACGACCGCCGACUUGCCGGCCGGAAUGUACCAACAACGACGAGUGCCAGAACCAUCUGUCCUGCCAGCAGGAGCGCUGCGUGGAUCCGUGUCCCGGUUCGUGUGGCAGCAACGCCAUCUGCCAGGUGGUGCAGCACAAUGCUGUGUGCUCCUGCGCCGAUGGAUACGAGGGAGAACCGCUCUUUGGCUGCCAGCUGAUCCCAGCAGUGAGGCCAACUGAGUCACCGACCUCGCCCUGCGAACCCUCGCCCUGUGGCCCUCAUGCCGAGUGUCGAGAAAGGAAUGGUGCUGGAGCCUGCUACUGCCAUGAAGGAUUCGAGGGUAAUCCCUAUGAUGCUCAGCGAGGAUGCCGACGAGAGUGCGAGAAUAACGAUGAGUGCUCCGCUGUCCAAGCUUGCUCUCGAUUCAAGUGCGUCGAUCCGUGCAACAAUAUCUGCGGCGACUACGCCAUUUGCACAGUUGACAAACAUGUGCCCACUUGUGACUGUCCGCCGGGAUACACUGGAGAUCCGUUCUUCAGCUGCAAACCUGUGCCGGUCACGCCUCGUCCUCCGUUGAAUCCAUGCAAUCCGUCUCCCUGUGGACCCAACAGCAACUGCCGUGCCAUGAACAACCAGGCGGUGUGCUCCUGCCAGGCAGGAUUCAUCAACCAGCCGCCUAACUGCAAGCCCGAGUGCGUGGUCAGCGCCGAGUGCGCUCCGGAAAGGGCCUGUGUGAACAAGAAGUGCGUGGAUCCCUGUCUGCACACCUGUGGCAUCCGAGCCAUCUGUACCACCAAGAACCACAGCCCCAUCUGCACAUGCCCACGUACCAUGACCGGAGAUCCGUUUGUCGAGUGCACUAGAGUUGCCAUUACGAAUGACAAUACGACACCGUCACCGGAACCCGCAUCAUGUGUACCUUCUCCUUGUGGACCCAACGCCAAGUGCCAAAUCGUGGGCAACAGUCCGGCCUGCUCCUGCCUGCCAAACUUCAUUGGAGCCCCGCCUCGCUGUCGUCCGGAGUGCGUAUUGAACUCUGAGUGCGGACCCACGGAGGCGUGCAUCAACCAGAAGUGUGCCGAUCCCUGCUCCGGAUCCUGCGGAUUCGAGGCCAAGUGCCAUGUGCUCAACCACCUGCCCAUCUGCAACUGCAUCGAUGGCUACGAGGGAGAUCCUUUCGUGCGUUGCACCAAGAAGGAAGAAGAAAGAACUCCACCACCGGUGAAUGACCCAUGCAACCCUAGUCCGUGUGGUCUAAAUGCAGACUGCUUUGCCGGAGAGUGUCGCUGCCAGAAUAACUACCAAGGAAACCCCUACGAAGGAUGUCGCCCGGAGUGCACACUCUCGGCUGAUUGUCCCAGGGACAAGGCCUGUAUGCGCAAUCGCUGUGUGGAUCCCUGCCCAGGAAUCUGCGGCAACAAUGCUAUGUGCGAGGUGAUGAACCACAUCCCAGUGUGCUCAUGCGUGCAGGGCUACGAGGGUGAUCCGUUCGUAAACUGUCGUGUGAAAUCCGUCGUGGAGGACCCUAUAAUUGAGGCCUGUUCCCCAUCGCCCUGCGGAUCCAACAGCCAGUGCAGAGAUGUCAACGGACAUGCGGUGUGCUCCUGUCUGGAGGGCUACAUCGGAGCACCGCCUCAGUGCCGUCCCGAGUGUGUGGUGUCCAGCGAGUGCUCCGCCCUGCAGGCUUGUGUCAACAAGAAGUGCGUGGAUCCCUGCGCAGCUGCCUGCGGUCUGGAGGCCCGCUGUGAGGUAAUCAAUCACAGUCCGAUCUGUGGCUGCCCACCUGGCCGAACUGGUGAUCCGUUCAAACAGUGCGUGAUUCUGCAACCUAUUCCCGCACCGGAUGUCAAGACACCUCCUCAAGAUCCCUGCGUGCCCUCGCCCUGCGGACCCAACUCUAUCUGCAAGCCAGAUAGGAAUGGACCCGUCUGCCAGUGCCAAGCCGAGUUCUUUGGCUCACCGCCCAACUGCCGACCCGAGUGCAUCAUCAAUCCGGACUGUCAAUCUACACAGGCGUGCAUCAACAACAGAUGCAGUAAUCCCUGUCCAGAAUCCUGCGGAACCAACGCCGAAUGUCGUGUCAUAGGACAUGCUGUGUCCUGCUCUUGUCCACCUGGAUAUGCUGGCAACGCCUUUGUCCAGUGUGUGCCGCAGCAGGAGGAGCCGCCGAAACCAUGCCAGCCAUCGCCAUGUGGAGCGAAUGCCGAGUGCAUUGAACGGAAUGGAGCCGCUGCCUGCAAGUGUAUUGAUGAAUACCAGGGCAAUCCCUACGAGGGAUGUCGCCCCGAGUGCGUACUAAGUUCCGAUUGUUCCACGGACAAGACCUGCAUCCGCAACAAGUGCCAGGAUCCUUGUCCCGGAAUCUGUGGAUUGAACGCCCAGUGCUAUGCUGUGAACCAUGUGCCCAACUGUGUCUGCAAUGAUGGCUAUACUGGAGAUCCGUUCGCCAGUUGUCGCCGAGUGGAGGUCUCUACCCCACCACCAGUUGCAGAUCCCUGCAUUCCAUCUCCUUGCGGAGCCAACAGCAAAUGCAGGGUGGCCAAUGGUUUGGCCGUAUGCUCCUGCCUGGAUACCUUUAUUGGAGCUCCACCCAAUUGCAAGCCAGAGUGCACGGUCAAUGCCGAGUGUCCUUCGACCAAGGCGUGCCACAAAUUCCGCUGCGCUAAUCCUUGCGCCAAGACGUGCGGCCUGAAUGCCAAGUGCGAGGUGAUUAACCAUAAUCCGAUCUGCAGUUGUCCACUGGACAUGACGGGCGAUCCAUUCUCACGUUGCUAUCCAGCUCCACCACCGCCGCCUCCGGGACGCGAUGAGCCUGUAAGGAGACCAUGCCAACCAUCGCCAUGUGGAUUGAACUCCGAGUGUAGGGUGCGCGACGACCAGGCCUCCUGCUCCUGCCUGCCCAACUUCAUUGGAGCUCCGCCCAACUGCCGUCCCGAGUGCGUUGUGAACACGGAUUGCUCGCCAGACCGAGCUUGCAUCGCCGAGAAGUGCCGCGAUCCCUGCGAUGGAUCCUGCGGCGUGGACUCCGAGUGCCGUGUUCAGAACCACCUGGCCAUCUGUACCUGUCGUGGCGGAUUUACCGGCGAUCCAUUCGUCCGUUGCAUCGAGUUCAUCGAAGAGACCACAAAGUCACCGCCACUUUCCCAGGAUCCUUGCGACCUGCAACCAUGUGGAUCGAAUGCCGAGUGCAGGAAUGGAAUCUGUACCUGCCUGAAGGAUUACCAAGGAGAUCCGUACACCGGUUGUCGCCCAGAGUGUACUUUAAGUACCGAUUGUCCACCCACCAAGGCUUGUCUGAACAAGAAGUGUGUUGAUCCCUGCCCCGGAGUUUGUGGUCAGAACUCGCAGUGCGAUGUCUCGAACCAUAUACCCAUAUGCAGUUGUUUGCAAGGCUACACGGGCGAUCCGUUUGUCCACUGUCGCCACGAGACGCCAGUGGCCAAGGAUCCAUGUCAACCAAAUCCCUGCGGACCCAACUCCCAGUGCCACAUUUCCGGUCAAGGACCUGUGUGUGCCUGUCAACCGGGAAUGCUGGGCUCACCGCCCGCUUGCAAACCGGAGUGCAUCGUCAGCUCGGAAUGCUCGCUGCACACAGCCUGUGUGAACAGGAAGUGCGUGGAUCCCUGCCCCGGUGCCUGUGGACAAUUUGCCCGCUGCCAGGUGAUCAACCACAACCCGUCAUGUUCCUGCAACACUGGAUACACGGGCGAUCCGUUCACUCGCUGCUACCAGGAGGAAAGAAAACCACCACCGACCCCAGAGAACCCAUGUCAACCAUCGCCUUGCGGACCCAAUUCCGAAUGCAAGGUGCUGAAUGGCAACGCAGCCUGCUCAUGUGCCGCUACCUUUAUUGGAACGCCACCCAGCUGCCGACCAGAGUGCUCCAUCAAUCCGGAAUGUCCACCGACCAAGGCCUGCAUCCGCCAGAAGUGCUCGGAUCCGUGUGCGAAUGCCUGUGGAUUCAAUGCCCGCUGUAAUGUGGCUAAUCAUCAACCCAUCUGCACCUGCGAUGUGGGCUAUACUGGAGAUCCGUUCACCGGCUGUCAAAAGGAACAAGAACGCAUUGUCAAUGAGCAGGUGACCCCCUGCGAACCCAAUCCCUGUGGCUCAAAUGCUGUGUGCCGCGAAAGAAAUGGCAUUGGGUCCUGCCAGUGCCUGCCCGAUCAUUUUGGUGACCCGUAUCAGUCGUGUCGUCCGGAGUGCGUCCGACACUCGGACUGCCCGUCCAACAGGGCGUGCCAGCAGCAGAAGUGUCGCGAUCCCUGUCCAGGUACCUGUGGCACUAAUGCGGACUGCAGUGUGACGAACCACCUGCCCACCUGUACCUGCCGCACCGGAUACACGGGUGAUCCGUACCGCUACUGCCAUGUGGAACCACCCCAACUCCCUGCCCGCGUGACCGAACCCAGCCAACCCUGUCGCCCCUCACCAUGUGGUCCCAACUCCCAGUGUCGCGAACUCAACGGUCAGGCCGUCUGUUCCUGCCUGGAACUCCACAUCGGUCUGCCCCCCAACUGCCGGCCAGAGUGUGUAUUGAGUACCGAAUGCCCCACCGAUAAGGCUUGCAUCAGCCAACGUUGUCAGGAUCCCUGUCCAGGCACUUGUGGCAUCAACGCCGAGUGCCGAGUGCGUAGUCACAGUCCUCUGUGCCAGUGUCGUCAAGGUUUCACUGGUGAUUCCUUUACCCGCUGCUAUCCCCUGCCACCCCCACCACCAGUAAUCGAACGUGUUGAGCGUGAUCCUUGCCUGCCAUCACCCUGCGGUCUAAAUAGUCAAUGUCGCAAUGUGCAAGGUGUGCCAUCCUGUUCCUGUUUGCCGGAUUUCUUGGGGGCUCCGCCCAACUGUCGACCUGAGUGCACCAUCAGUGCAGAGUGUCCCUCCAAUUUGGCUUGCAUACGGGAGAAGUGUAUAGAUCCCUGUCCCGGUUCCUGCGGCUAUGCCGCCGAGUGUAAUGUAGUUAACCACACGCCCAUUUGCGUGUGUCCAGUUGGCUUUACGGGAGAUCCGUUCAGCAGCUGUCGUCAAGCGCCACCUCCUGAACCUACGCAGAACGAAUACGUGGAUCCCUGCAACCCAUCUCCGUGUGGCCCGAAUGCCCAGUGCAACGCUGGAGUCUGCACUUGCCUGGCCGAAUUCCAUGGCGAUCCCUACUCCGGCUGCCGGCCCGAGUGCGUCCUGAAUUCCGACUGUCCUCGGGAUAAGGCUUGUCAUCGCAGCAAGUGUGUUAACCCCUGUCCGGGAACUUGUGGCGAGAAUGCCAUAUGCGAUGUAAUCAAUCACAUACCCAUGUGCAGAUGCCCGGAACGCACUGCUGGCAGCGCUUUUAUCCGCUGUUCUCCUGUCCAGAUUUCAGUGACCAAUCCAUGCCGACCCUCACCGUGUGGUCCCAAUUCUCAGUGUCGCGAAGUUAAUCAGCAGGCAGUGUGUUCAUGCCUGCCGAGCUUUAUUGGAGCUCCACCUUCCUGCCGACCUGAGUGCACCUCGAACGCGGAGUGUGCACCCACCCAGGCUUGUCUCAACCAACGGUGCGGAGAUCCCUGCCCGGGAACAUGUGGAGUGGGAGCCAACUGUGCUGUUGUCAGCCACAGUCCCUUCUGCACUUGUCCUCCGAGGUUCACGGGUAAUCCCUUCAUUCGUUGUCAGCCACAGAUUGAAGCUCCUGUUCGUGAUGUUACUCCCGUUGAUCCCUGUCGCCCAUCUCCUUGUGGACCCUACUCCCAGUGUCGCCCAGUGGGCGAGGCUCCUGCCUGUUCCUGUCUGGAAACCUACAUCGGACGACCUCCGAACUGCCGGCCAGAAUGUGUUACUAGUUCGGACUGCUCAAGUCAACUGGCCUGUGUCAACCAGAAGUGCGUUGAUCCCUGCCCGGGACGUUGUGGCAUUAAUGCCGAGUGUCAUGUGGUUAGCCAUGCAGUGCAAUGCAUCUGCCAGCAGGGCUUCAGUGGAGAUCCGUUUGUCCAGUGCCGACCAGAGAUCGCAUAUGAAAAUGAAAUUCGCACUCCGUGCAGCCCAAGUCCAUGUGGACCGAAUGCCGUGUGCCGCGAUCGAAAUGGAGUUGGAUCCUGCCAGUGUCUGCCGGAGUACUUUGGAGAUCCCUACGCCGGCUGUCGCCCGGAGUGCAUGCUUGAUUCGGAUUGUCCCUCGAAUAGGGCUUGUCAGCAACUCAGAUGCCAGGAUCCCUGCCCAGGAACUUGUGGUCAAAAUGCCAACUGUCAAGUGGUUAAUCAUUUGCCGCAAUGUACUUGCCUCACCGGAUAUGUGGGUGACCCAUACCGCCUAUGUAAUCGACUGCCAGAACCACCACAAAACGAGUAUGUUAAUCCCUGUCAGCCCACUCCUUGUGGUCCCAACUCUCAGUGUCGCGUAUCCAAUGAGCAAGCGGUAUGCUCCUGCCUGCCCUUGUUUGUGGGAACUCCACCUUCCUGCCGUCCAGAAUGUACCAUCUCCUCGGAGUGUCCUGUGGAUAGGGCGUGUGUUAAUCAGAAGUGCGUGGAUCCUUGCGCAGCGGAUACUUGCGGAAACAAUGCCAUUUGCAGGGUUCGCAACCACAGCCCCAUUUGCAGUUGCAUUAGCGGCUACACAGGCGACGCCUUCACUCGUUGCUUCCCCAUUCCACCGCCAAUUGUUGAGACCAAGGACGAACCUCUUAGGGAUCCAUGUAUACCAACACCCUGUGGUCCCAACUCCGAGUGCCGCAAUAUUAACGGAGUGCCUGCCUGUUCCUGCCUGGCUAACUUUGUUGGUCAGGCUCCCAAUUGUCGCCCAGAGUGUACUAUAAACUCGGAAUGUCCUAGUCAACAAGCGUGUAUUAACCAAAAGUGCCGCGACCCCUGCCCAGGAGCCUGCGGUCAAAAUGCCGUUUGCAGUGUCAUCAAUCAUACACCACUCUGCGCCUGCAUCGAUGGUUACAUAGGAAAUCCAUUCACGAACUGCAAUCCCAAACCUCCAGAACUUGUAGAACCACCUGUAGCCGACGAUCCUUGCAACCCAUCGCCCUGCGGAGCUAAUGCUCUUUGUCGAAAUGGCCAAUGCUCGUGUAUACCCGAGUACCAGGGAGAUCCGUAUGUCUCUUGUCGCCCAGAGUGCGUUCUAAACACAGAUUGUCCCAGAGAUCGGGCCUGUGUGCGCAACAAGUGCAUCGAUCCCUGCCCCGGAACUUGUGGGGUUAACGCCCUGUGCGAGGUUACCAACCACAUUCCCAUUUGCCGCUGUCCAGAACAAAUGUCCGGUAAUGCUUUCUUCGAGUGCCGACCCGUGCCGCCAGCAAAGAUUCAAAAUCCCUGCCAGCCAUCGCCAUGUGGUCCCAACAGUCAGUGCCGCGUGGUUCAACAGACUGCAGUCUGUUCCUGUCUAGCUGACUAUGUGGGCAGUCCACCUCAGUGUCGACCGGAAUGUGUGACCAACUCAGAUUGUCCUGCCGAUCAGGAUUGUCAGAACAUGAAAUGUCGCGAUCCCUGUCCUGGAACCUGUGGCUUCAACGCCCUCUGCAACGUGGUCAACCACCGUCCCUUCUGCAGCUGCCCCUCUGGCAUGUCCGGAAAUCCCUUCGUGAGCUGUCAACAGCUAAUAAUUCGCGAUGAGAGACCACAGAAUCCCUGCCAGCCCUCACCUUGUGGGCCCAACUCCGAAUGUCGCGUAUCAGGAGAGUCGCCAUCCUGUUCUUGCCUACCCGAAUUUGUGGGUGCGCCGCCCAACUGCCGACCCGAGUGCAUUUCGAACUCUGAAUGUCCCACAAACCAAGCCUGCAUUAAUCAGAAAUGCGCCGAUCCCUGUCCAGGAUUGUGUGGUCAAAAUGCCAAUUGUCGGGUGUUCAGUCAUAGUGCCACGUGCUUGUGUGACAGUGGCUUCACAGGAGAUCCGUAUAGUCAGUGCAGUCCAUUUAUGGAUUCACCUCCUGAAGUUCUGCAGCCUUGCAAUCCCAGUCCUUGCGGCGUGAACGCCAAGUGCGAGGAGCGUGGUGGUGCAGGAUCCUGCCAGUGCCUGCCUGAUUACUUCGGAAAUCCCUAUGAUGGUUGCCGUCCUGAGUGCGUUCUGAACUCUGACUGCCCCUCGAAUCGGGCAUGUGUCAACCAGAAAUGUCGCGAUCCCUGUCCAGGUACCUGCGGCCAAAGUGCCCAGUGUCAGGUGGUCAAUCAUUUGGCCACUUGUAAUUGUCUGUCUGGAUACACUGGAGACCCGUACAGCUUGUGUCGCGUAAUAGUAGACGAGCCACCUGAACGCGUUUAUGUGAAUCCUUGCCAGCCUUCUCCAUGCGGUCCUAACUCGCAAUGCCGUGAAGUCAACGAGCAAGGAGUUUGCUCCUGCUUGCCAGAGUUUAUUGGUAGUCCACCCGCAUGUCGUCCGGAGUGCACCAGUAGUUCAGAGUGCGCCGCCGACAAGGCUUGUGUGAACCGCAAGUGUGUGGACCCCUGUCCGAAUGUUUGUGGCCAGCAAGCCGAGUGUCGUGUGCGUAACCACAAUCCCAUUUGCACGUGUCUCAGUGGAUUCACGGGUGAUCCAUUUACCCGUUGUUAUCGCCAGCCGCCUCCUCCUCCGGUGAUCGAGCGUGAACCCCUUGACCCCUGUGUUCCUUCGCCUUGCGGAGCGAAUUCUCAGUGUCGCGAGAUUCACGGCACUCCAUCCUGCUCCUGCCUGCCCCAAUAUCUGGGUACUCCACCCAAUUGCCGUCCUGAGUGUUCCAUCAAUGCUGAGUGUCCCAGUCAUCAGGCCUGCAUUAAUCAGAAGUGCCGCGAUCCCUGUCCCGGCUCUUGUGGCCUCAACACCCAGUGCAAUGUGAUUAACCACACGCCCAUCUGCAGUUGUGUGUCCGGUUACGUCGGUGAUCCAUUCAGCGUUUGUAAUCCUCAACCAAUACCAGAGAAAAUUCGAGACCCACUGCCUCCUGAGGAUCCCUGCAACCCAUCGCCCUGUGGCUCCAAUGCCCAAUGCAACAAUGGAGUGUGCUCUUGUUUGGCGGAAUACCAUGGUGAUCCUUAUACCGGUUGUCGUCCUGAGUGCGUCCUGCACACAGAUUGUGACCGUAGUAAAGCUUGUGUCCGUCACAAGUGCGUUGAUCCCUGUCCAGGUGUCUGUGGCACUAACGCGAUAUGUGAGGUUCUGAACCACAUACCAAACUGCCGCUGCUUAGAAAGAAUGCAAGGCAAUGCCUUCAUUCAGUGCAGCCCAAUUGCACAGCUCGACGUCGUGCAGAAUCCUUGCCAGCCCUCACCCUGCGGACCCAAUUCUCAGUGUCGCGUUGUCAACCAGCAGGCCAUCUGCACCUGCAUCACGCCCUUCAUCGGAAGCCCGCCAUUCUGUCGUCCGGAAUGUACCACCAACUCGGAGUGUCCCUUGAACCUGGCCUGUCGCAACCAGAAAUGCAGUGAUCCCUGUCCCGGCGUUUGUGGUCGCGGUGCCCAGUGCCAUGUUACCAAUCACUCUCCAUUCUGUCGCUGCUUGGAGCGUUACACGGGUAAUCCGUUUGUGAGUUGCCAGCAGAUCAUCGAACCACCGGUUCCGCCACCAAGACAAACCUGCCUGCCAUCACCCUGCGGACCAUACUCCCAGUGCCGUGAAGUAAACGAAUUGCCAUCCUGCACUUGUCUGGCGGACUACAUUGGAGUACCACCCAACUGUCGACCCGAGUGCGUGACCAGUUCAGAAUGUCCAACGAAUCAGGCCUGCAUUCAGCAAAAGUGUCGCGAUCCUUGUCCUGGACUGUGCGGACAAUCUGCAGAAUGCAGAGUCCUUUCGCACACGCCAAGUUGCGUUUGUCCGGAGGGAAUGGAAGGUGAUCCGUUUACUCUGUGUACAGUGAAGAGGAUUCAGCAACUGGACCAGUUAGACCCUUGCAAUCCUAGUCCUUGUGGAAUCAAUGCGCGCUGUACCUCUCGUCAAGAUGCCGGUUCGUGUCAGUGCCUGCCAGAAUACUUUGGAAAUCCUUACGAGGGAUGUCGCCCUGAGUGCGUCCUCAAUUCGGACUGUCCAUCGAACAAGGCUUGCCAGCAGCAGAAGUGCCAGGAUCCCUGUCCUGGAACUUGCGGUCAGAAUGCCAUCUGUAAUGUACUAAAUCAUGUACCCAGUUGUAGCUGCAUAACAGGAUUCUCCGGCGACCCGUAUCGCUCGUGUGUCCCAGAACCCGUCAAGGAGUACGUUAAUCCCUGCCAGCCGUCGCCAUGUGGUCCAAAUUCCCAGUGUAGGGAAGUCAACGAACAAGCAAUUUGCUCAUGUCUGCCGGAAUAUGUGGGUGCGCCGCCUGUGUGUCGUCCAGAGUGUACGAUAUCUUCAGAGUGUCCGGCUGACAAGGCCUGUGUGAACCAAAAGUGUGUCGAUCCCUGUCCCAACACUUGUGGGGAACAGGCCCUCUGCCGAGUGGUGAAUCACAGUCCCAUUUGCUCUUGUCGCGCCGGAUACACGGGUGAUGCCUUCUUCCGCUGUUUCCCUAAGCCUCCUGAACCACCAACUCCCAUACAAAAGGCACCAGUUGAUCCCUGUGUACCCUCUCCUUGUGGUCCCAACUCCCAGUGCCGUGCUCAGGGUGAUGCUCCCGCCUGUUCCUGUUUGGUGGGCUACUUAGGAGCUCCCCCCAACUGCCGGCCCGAAUGCCGCAUCAACGCCGAGUGUCCCAGCAGUCAGGCAUGCAUCAAUGAGAAGUGUAGAGAUCCCUGUCCUGGUUCUUGUGGCUAUGGGGCCACUUGUAAUGUGAUUAAUCACACGCCUAGCUGCACUUGUCCAGCAGGAUACUCGGGAGAUCCGUUUAGUCAGUGCCAACCACUUCCACCACCGCCACCAACACCCGUUAAACUCGACGAUCCGUGCAACCCCUCGCCCUGCGGUCCAAAUGCCCAGUGUAAUAAUGGAGUCUGUACCUGCAUUCCCGAAUACCAUGGUGAUCCCUACAGCGGUUGCCGACCCGAGUGCAUCACCAGCGCGGAUUGCUCACGUGAGCUCGCCUGUUCGCGUCACAAGUGCUUUGAUCCUUGCCCCGGAACCUGUGCCCCCAAUGCCAUCUGUACUGUCCUGAAUCACGUACCCAUGUGCACUUGUCCAGAGGGUUAUAAUGGCAAUGCGUUUGUUCAGUGCCAACCUGCACCACCCCCUGUUCUUGUCCAGCCUUGCCAACCCUCUCCAUGUGGACCCAAUUCCCAAUGCCGCGAGGUCAACCAGCAGGCUGUAUGCUCCUGUGUGUCAGGAUACUUUGGAACCCCGCCACUCUGUCGUCCGGAGUGUACAUCGAACUCUGAGUGUGUGUCCCACCUGGCGUGUGUGAACCAAAGGUGCAGUGAUCCCUGUCCCGGUUCGUGUGGACGCAAUGCCCAGUGCAGUGUGGUUAACCACAAUCCGUUCUGUACCUGUCUGCCAAGGUUUAGUGGAAAUCCCUUCGUGGGUUGUCAACAGAUCAUUGAGCCACCACGUCAAGAUAUUGUGCCUCAGGAUCCUUGUCGUCCAUCGCCUUGUGGUCCCAACUCUGAAUGUCGCGCUGUUGGUGAGACACCAACUUGCACCUGUCUUGCGGAAUUCGUUGGAUCACCACCAUAUUGCAAACCAGAAUGUGUGGCCAACUCUGAAUGUCCUUCGAACCUGGCUUGUAUCAAUCAAAAGUGUCGCGAUCCCUGUCCCGGAUUGUGUGGUCUAAGUGCCACCUGCCGCGUCGUCUCCCACAUAGCAAUGUGUAUUUGCGACGUAGGCCUGACCGGAGAUCCCUUCACCCAAUGCCAGCCCAUUGUACAGGAUGUGGAGAUCAUCAAUCCCUGCCAGCCAUCGCCUUGUGGCGCCAAUGCCGAAUGCAUCCAACAAAAUGGAGCUGGAGCCUGUCAGUGUCUCUCGGAUUACUUUGGAAACCCCUACGAGGGAUGUCGCCCGGAGUGUGUUCUGAACUCGGACUGUCCCUCGAACAGAGCAUGUCAGCAGCAGAAGUGCCGUGAUCCCUGCCCCGGAAGCUGCGGACAAAAUGCCGAGUGCAAUGUGGUAAACCACACGCCCAUGUGCAACUGCUUCGCUGGAUAUAUCGGCGAUCCAUACCGCUAUUGUAGCCAACCGCCAGAACCUGUUGUCCAUGAGUAUGUGAACCCCUGUCAACCGUCCCCCUGCGGCCCGAAUUCUAAUUGUCGCGAGGUUAACGAUCAGGCAGUAUGCUCCUGCCGUUCCGAGUUCGAGGGAGCCCCGCCCAACUGCCGACCCCAGUGCACCUCGAGUUCAGAGUGCGCCCCCAACAGGGCGUGCAUCAACCAAAAGUGCGUUGAUCCCUGUCCCGGUGUUUGUGGCCAGCAGGCAAUCUGCGAUGUGCGCAACCAUAGUCCCAUUUGUAGGUGUCCCACCGGCAUGACCGGUGAUCCCUUCGUGCGCUGUCUGCCCCGACCAACAAUUCCACCACCGCCCUUAAGGGAUGUAGCUCUGUACCGCGAUCCCUGCUCGCCCUCACAGUGUGGCCUCUACUCGUCGUGCAGGAAUCAACAGGAUCAGGCCGUUUGCUCUUGCUUGCCCAACUACUUUGGUACUCCACCGCAUUGUCGUCCUGAGUGUACCAUCAAUGCCGAGUGUCCAAGUCACUUGGCGUGCAUCGGCGAGCGUUGCCGUGAUCCUUGUCCCGGUGCCUGUGGUCAGCAGACCGAGUGCCGAGUCACCAGCCAUGUUCCCAGUUGUGUUUGCCUGCGGGGCUAUGUGGGCGAUGCCUUCGUAGCCUGCCACCCGGCACCACCACCACCAACCCGUGAAGAGCCACGAGAUCCAUGCAACCCCAGUCCCUGCGGCAGUAAUGCCAUUUGCUCCAAUCAGGGAGAGUGCACAUGUGUGGCCGACUAUCAGGGUGAUCCCUACGUGGCCUGCCGACCCGAGUGUGUCCUCAGUUCGGAGUGUCCCCGAAAUCUGGCCUGUAUACAGCAGAAGUGCACUGAUCCCUGUCCCGGAACUUGUGCCAGCAAUGCCAUCUGCGAUGUGGUUAACCAUAUCGCUAUGUGUCAUUGUCCCGAUCGGAUGACGGGCAAUGCUUUUGUGCAAUGUACCCCAGUGCAAUUGGAUGUGUAUCGUAAUCCUUGUAGUCCCUCGCCAUGCGGCUCCUAUGCCGAAUGUAGGGAGCAAAACGGUCAGGCUGUGUGCAGCUGCCUUCCCAACUACUUUGGGGUUCCUCCCUCGUGUCGACCCGAGUGUAGCACCAACUAUGAUUGUCCCCCCAGUUUGGCGUGUCAGAAUCAGCGGUGCAUCGAUCCUUGUCCAGGAUCUUGUGGGGCCUAUGCCGAGUGUCGAACUGUCAGCCACAGUCCUUUCUGUAGUUGCAGACCCGGAUAUACGGGAAAUCCCAUCGUUCAAUGUCAUUUGAUUAUUGAACCCCAGCGAGAUAUUGUGCCCCAAGAUCCCUGCCAACCCUCACCAUGUGGACCGAACAGCGAAUGUCGCCGCGUGGGAGACACACCUUCCUGCUCCUGUCUGUCCAACUUCUUUGGAACCCCACCCAACUGUCGACCCGAAUGUGUGUCCAACUCCGAGUGCAGUCAGUUGCAUGUGUGCACAAAUAACCGAUGCACGGACCCGUGCCCAGGUCUUUGUGGCACUGAUGCCGUGUGUCGCGUGAUUAGUCACAGUGCCAUGUGCUACUGCCAACCGGGAUACAGCGGUGAUCCAUACGUUCGUUGUGUACCACAUAUCCAAAGGGAACCGGUUGAGAUAGUGCAGCCGUGCAAUCCAAAUCCCUGCGGCACCUUUGCCGAGUGUCGUCAGCAAAAUGGAGUCGGUUCCUGUCAGUGUCUGCCGGAGUAUUUCGGAAAUCCCUACGAGGGAUGUCGUCCUGAGUGUGUGCUCGACUCCGAUUGUCCAUCUCAGCUGGCCUGUGUCAACCAAAAAUGCCGCGAUCCCUGCCCCGGAAGUUGUGGCCAAAAUGCCGAAUGCUUUGUGCGUAAUCACCUUCCCUCUUGCAACUGCCUCAGUGGCUAUGUGGGAGACCCAUAUCGUUAUUGCAACAUUGAACCGAAACCCAUUCGGGAAUAUGUCAAUCCCUGUCAACCAUCCCCAUGUGGUCCCAAUUCUCAGUGCCGCGAGCAGAACGGUGUGGCCACCUGCUCCUGUCUGCCGGAGUAUGUGGGCCUUCCUCCGGGCUGCCGGCCUGAGUGUACGAUCUCCUCGGAGUGUAAUCUUGACAAGGCCUGCGUUCGUCACAAGUGUGUUGAUCCUUGCCCCGGUGCCUGCGGCAGUUCUGCCGAUUGCCGGGUGGUUAACCACGCUCCACUCUGCUCUUGUCAAUCGGGUUACACAGGUGAUCCCUUUACCCGAUGUUACCCCAUUCCUCCUCCACCUACGCAUAUUCUCCAAGAUGUAGAACGCGAUCCUUGCCAACCAUCCCCCUGUGGAGCCAAUGCUCAGUGCAGGCAAUCCCAGGGUCAGGCCAUCUGCUCCUGCUUACCCAACUACUUUGGUGUCCCACCCAAUUGUCGACCCGAGUGCACUCAGAGUUCAGAGUGUCUGUCAAGUCUGGCGUGCAUCAAUCAAAGAUGCGCGGAUCCAUGUCCUGGUUCCUGUGCAUAUAACGCCAUUUGUCAUGUACGCAAUCACGUGCCCAGUUGUCAAUGUCCAGUGGGCUAUGUGGGUGAUCCGUUCACCAACUGUCAGCCUGAACCUCAGCCACCACCCAAACCUGUUGCCCUCGACGAUCCCUGCAAUCCUUCCCCCUGUGGAGCAAAUGCCCUGUGCCAGAAUGGUCAAUGUUCGUGUAUAGCCGAGUACCAGGGAGAUCCUUAUACUGGCUGUCGCCCGGAGUGUGUCUUAAAUGCAGAUUGUGCUCGAAAUCGGGCUUGUGUAAGACAUAAGUGUGUUGAUCCUUGUCCAGGAACUUGUGCUCCCAAUGCCAUCUGCGAUGUGAUUAACCACAUAGCCAUGUGUCGUUGCCCAGAGCGCAUGACAGGCAACGCCUUUAUCCAGUGUGAGACUCCACCAGUGUCGCUGGCACCUCCUGAUCCCUGCUACCCUUCGCCCUGCGGUCCAAAUAGUCGCUGCCGUGUAUUUAACAACAACGCUGUGUGUUCCUGCAUAGAGGACUUCAUUGGAACGCCACCAAACUGUCGACCGGAAUGUUCACAUAACUCGGAUUGCCUGCCUAGAUUGGCCUGCCAAAAUCAGCAUUGCAUGGAUCCAUGUCCAGGAACUUGUGGCUUUAAUGCACUUUGCCAUGUGGUGAACCAUGCACCGAUUUGUAGUUGCCCGCCCAGGCACAAUGGAAACCCCUUCCUGGGCUGCUUCCCAGAACCAGUGCGACGUGAUGAGAUUAUUCCAAAGCAUCCGUGCCAGCCCUCGCCAUGUGGUCCAUAUGCCAAGUGUACGGCAGUGGGAGAUCAGGCGCAGUGCAGUUGCCUUGCUGAAUACAUUGGAACACCGCCCAACUGUCGACCAGAGUGUGUGACCAAUUCGGAGUGUUCCUUCGACAAGGCGUGCUUGAAUCAAAGAUGCCGUGAUCCCUGCCCUGGAAAUUGUGGCUCCAAUGCUAAUUGCCACGUGAUAAGCCAUGCUGCCAUGUGCUACUGCCUACCAGGCUAUACUGGUGACCCAUUCACGUCCUGCCGCCAAGUACCAUUGAUUCAACAUGAAGAGAUCAUUCAACCCUGCUCCCCCAGUCCUUGUGGAGCCAAUGCUGUGUGUCGCCAGGAAGGCAAUGUAGGCUCUUGCCAGUGUCUUCCGGAAUACUACGGCAAUCCCUACGAGAUUUGCCGACCGGAGUGUGUAACAAAUAAUGAUUGCCCGGCGCACAAGUCUUGUCAGCAGAAUAAGUGUCGGGAUCCUUGCCCAGGAGUCUGUGCCUUAAAUGCAUUGUGUCGCGUAAUAAAUCACUUGCCAACUUGUCAUUGUCACAAUGGCUUUGUUGGUGACCCCUACCGCUACUGUCAAAUUCCAGAGAAACCUAUCCUCAAAGAAUAUGUCAAUCCCUGCCAGCCCUCUCCGUGUGGCCCCAACUCGCAAUGCCGUGAAAACAACGAGCAGGCCAUCUGCUCAUGUCUGCCCGAGUAUGUGGGUGCUCCACCCAAUUGCCGACCUGAGUGCGUGACCAGUGCAGAGUGUCCUCAGGACAAGGCCUGCAUUAGGCAAAAGUGUAGCGAUCCCUGUCAGGAUGUGUGUGGCACCAAUGCCGAUUGUCGUGUUAUCCAACAUGCCCCCAUUUGCAGUUGUCGUCCUGGUUUCACAGGCGACGCCUUUUCACGCUGCCUGCCCAUGCCACCCCCAAGACCACCACAGUUAGACGUCUACCGAAAUCCUUGUGUACCCUCACCUUGUGGCCAGUAUGCCGAGUGCCGGGAUAAUCAGGGAACUGCCACCUGCAGUUGUCUGCCCGCCUACUUUGGCACUCCGCCCAACUGUCGCCCCGAGUGUACCAUAAACCCCGACUGUCCGGCCCACCUUGCCUGCCAACAACAGCGCUGUCGCGAUCCCUGUCCCGGAGCGUGUGGCUUUAAUGCCCUGUGCACGGUUAUAAAUCACAACCCUACUUGUCAGUGUGCCCCUGGACUAAUUGGCAACGCCUUCUCAUCCUGCCAAGCUCCACCUCCAAUCGCUCGGGAUCCCCCACAAAUCAGUGAUCCCUGCUCCUUGAUUACCUGUGGCCCCAAUGCAAUUUGCAAUCAGGGACAAUGUAGUUGUCUUCCUGAAUUUGUGGGUAACCCGUUAGUGGGAUGUCGCCCAGAAUGCGUGCUUAGCACGGAAUGCGACUGGAACAAGGCGUGCGUGAGGAACAAGUGCGUCGAUCCCUGUCCUGGAAGAUGCGGAUCCAAUGCCAUAUGUGAGGUGCACAGACACGUGGCCAUGUGCCACUGUCCACCGGGAAUGACUGGAAACGCCUUCAGCCAAUGCCGACCCUUGCCACCAGCUCCAAUCCGCGAUGUCGUUGAUCCUUGUCAGCCUUCGCCAUGUGGCCCAAAUGCCCAGUGUCGCAAUAUCAAUGGACAAGCAGUGUGCUCGUGUCUGCGCGAUUUCGUUGGAAUCCCACCUUCAUGUCGACCAGAGUGUGUUAGCAAUGCGGAGUGUCCGCUGCACUUGGCCUGCCUCCAACAACAUUGCAGAGAUCCCUGUCCCGGAACUUGUGGCCUUAAUGCCGAAUGCCGUGUGAUCAAUCACAAUCCGAACUGCCAUUGCAUUGGAUCCUUCACGGGAAAUGCAUACGUGGCUUGUCACCGUCAACCACCGCCACCUGUUAGACAAGACCCAAUUGAUCCAUGCCAACCAUCGCCAUGUGGAGCUAAUGCGGAAUGUCGUGCCCAGGGAAGCAAUGCUCAAUGCAGCUGUCUAACUGAAUUCAUUGGUACACCGCCCAACUGCAGACCAGAGUGUGUUUCCAACUCGGAUUGUCCCACGAAUCUGGCAUGCCUCAAUCAAAAGUGCCGCGAUCCCUGUCCAGGUGUCUGUGGCUCCAACGCUGAAUGUUAUGUGAUUAAUCACACACCCACGUGCACAUGCAUUGCUGGACAAACCGGCAAUCCCUACGUGGGCUGUCAAGUGGUUAGAGAUGAUCCAGCUCCGCUUACACCGUGUGUUCCAAGUCCUUGUGGAGCAAAUGCUCUUUGUACGGAGAGGAAUGGAGCCGGAGCUUGUCAGUGCCUACCGGAAUUCUAUGGAAAUCCCUACGAGGGUUGCCGACCGGAAUGCGUGCUCAACUCGGACUGUCCUAGCCACCUAGCUUGUCUCAAUCAACACUGCGCCGAUCCCUGUCCCGGAACCUGCGGUCCAAAUGCCCAAUGUCAAGUACGCGAACACCUGCCGCAAUGUAAUUGCCUUGUGGGCUACCAGGGAAAUCCCUACGUGUACUGCAGUGUCCUGCGUGAACCCCUGCCUGAACCGAUUCCGUCCCGCCCCUGUCAGCCCUCGCCUUGUGGUCCCAACUCUCAGUGUCGAGAGUCGAACAACCAGGCAAUUUGCAAGUGUCUGCCCGACUUUAUUGGAUCCCCACCUGCCUGUAGACCCGAGUGUACCAUCUCCAGCGAGUGUGAUUUGACCCUGGCGUGUGUCCAACAACACUGUGUCGAUCCCUGUCCAGGUGUCUGCGGCAGCAGUGCUCAGUGUCGGGUGAUUAAUCACAGUCCUCACUGUAGUUGUCUGUCUGGUUUCACGGGUGACGCUAUUAGUGGUUGCCAGCGCAUAUCACCCGCAAUUAGUUACGAUCCCCCCAAGGAAACCUACCGAGAUCCAUGUGUUCCUUCUCCCUGUGGAGCUUAUGGCCAAUGUCGUGCUCAAGGCAACCAGGCUGUGUGCUCAUGCCUUCCUGGCUACUUUGGAGCACCGCCUAAUUGCCAGCCCGAGUGUGUGAUUAAUCCGGAUUGCGCCUCCCAUUUGGCCUGUAUCAGUGAAAAGUGUCGCGACCCGUGUCCCGGUUCUUGUGGCCUCCAGGCCCAGUGUAACGUCAUCAACCACACACCCAUCUGCAGUUGUCCAACAGGUUAUCAGGGUAAUCCUUUCGUCAGCUGCCAACGGAUUCCACCACCACCAACUCCAGCCCUUCGCGAUGCCUGUAAUCCCUCGCCAUGUGGCUCCAAUGCAGUCUGCAGCUCUGGAGGACAGUGCUCUUGUCUGCCCGACUUCGAUGGCAAUCCCUACGUGGGCUGUCGCCCAGAGUGCGUCCUUAAUACGGACUGUGCGCGAGACAAGGCCUGCCAACGCAGCAAGUGCACAGAUCCAUGUCCAGGAGCAUGUGGAGUUGGAGCAACUUGCGAGGUUCGCAACCACAUUCCAACAUGUAGUUGUCCGCCCGGAACUUCGGGCAACGCCUUCGUUCAGUGUACCCUUGUGCAAUCUUCACCUGUUGUUCCCUUGAACCCCUGUCAACCAUCGCCGUGUGGAAACAAUGCCCAAUGCCGAGAGGCCAACGACCAGGCUGUUUGCUCGUGUCUACCUGGAUACUUUGGUGUUCCACCAAAGUGUCGCCCUGAGUGCACCAUCAACUCGGACUGUGCCCCACAACUUGCUUGCGUGAAUCAACAGUGCCGUGAUCCUUGUCCUGGAGCUUGCGGGCAGUUUGCUCAGUGCCAGGUCAUUCGACAUGUGCCGCACUGUAGUUGCCCUCAAGGUUAUUCAGGAAAUGCUUUCUUCCUGUGCCACCGUAUACCGCCACCACCACCAGUCCAACUGGAGCCGGUCAAUCCAUGCUAUCCAUCACCAUGUGGAGCCAAUGCAGAAUGCACUCAACAAAAUGACCAGGCAGUUUGCAAGUGUCUAAAGGACUAUAUAGGAACACCACCCAACUGUCGACCGGAGUGCAUAACAUCAUCCGAGUGUCCAAAUCACCAAGCUUGCAUUGCUCAAAAAUGUAAGGAUCCUUGUCCUGGUCUUUGUGGAAACGCAGCCAGCUGUCAAGUGGUCAGCCACGUGCCCUCGUGCAUCUGUAUUGGGGAUUACAUUGGUGAUCCGUACUCUGGAUGCUAUGCCCGGCCUCAGCUUGAGCGGGACCAAAUCAAUCCCUGCUCCCAGAACCCGUGCGGAAGCAACGCCGUGUGCAGAGAACGCGGCGGAGCCGGUUCAUGUCAAUGUUUACCGGAAUAUUACGGCAAUCCCUACGAAGGAUGUCGACCCGAAUGCGUGAUCAACUCGGACUGUUCGAGCCAUUUGGCUUGUUUGAAUCAACACUGCCGCGAUCCCUGUCCAGGAACCUGUGCCUCCAAUGCCCAAUGUCAAGUGGUUAAUCACGUUCCCAGCUGUAGUUGCUAUCCCGGAUACAACGGUGAUCCUUAUCGCCAUUGUCGUGUUGUCCAGGCGGAACCCGUCGAAGUUGUCCACUUUGAUCCCUGCCAGCCCUCGCAGUGUGGUCCCAACUCUCAGUGUACCGAGUCCCAAGGUCAGGCAGUGUGUCGCUGCCUGCCCGAUUACUUUGGUUCCCCACCUGCUUGUCGACCCGAGUGCACUACCAAUCCCGAAUGUCCCAAUGAUAGAGCUUGCGUGGCCAGAAGAUGUACCGAUCCUUGCGCGGGUGCUUGUGGUCAGAAUGCGAUUUGUCGAGCGCAUCAGCAUAGAGCACAUUGCUCGUGUCAUCCUGGUUACACAGGUGACGCGUAUACGCGGUGCCUGCCCCUGCCUCCUCCACAACCUGUAAGGGACUCACCCAUAACCCCCAAAGACCCCUGUGUGCCCUCGCGAUGUGGGCAAUUUGCCCAGUGUCGAGUGGAGUACGGGCAAGCCGUUUGCUCUUGCCUGGCCUCCUACUACGGUACUCCUCCUUUCUGCCGACCCGAGUGCACCCAGAACUCAGAUUGUCCCAGCCAUAGGGCUUGUGUCAAUCAAAGGUGCGUUGAUCCCUGCCCCGGAGCUUGUGGUCUGAACGCGCAGUGUGAUGUGCUAAAUCAUGUGCCCAGCUGCUCGUGUCCCAGUGGUUUUGUGGGAGAUCCCUACUACCGCUGUUAUCCCGCGCCAGCGCCUCCUUCAACUCCUGUCGCCCCUGUCGUAGCGGAUGAUCCCUGUCAGCCCUCGCCCUGCGGUCCUAAUGCCCAGUGUUCGAACGGUGUCUGUAGUUGUCUGCCCCUGUACCAGGGUGAUCCUUACGUCGGGUGUCGUCCAGAGUGCGUGUUAAGUACUGAGUGUCCGUGGGACAAGGCCUGCAUCCGUAAUCGUUGCCUCGACCCGUGUCCAGGAACUUGCGGAUCGGGAGCCACAUGCCAGGUGCAUAAUCAUGUGGCCAUGUGCCAGUGUCCGGUUGCCUAUCAGGGCAAUCCGUAUGUACUGUGCCAGCAGACACCGCUCCAGUCGCCAGUGGUGCUCCAUCCCUGCCAGCCCUCGCCUUGUGGGCCCCACGGACAAUGCAGGGAAGUAGGCUCGCAAGCAAUUUGCACCUGUCUGCCUGGCUAUUAUGGAAACCCGCCAGCCUGCAGACCCGAAUGUGUUAGCGAUCCAGAGUGUCCACCAAGUUUGGCUUGUGUGAAUCAGAAGUGCCGCGAUCCCUGUCCUGGUGCAUGUGGAUACCUGGCCCAGUGUCACGUGAUUAACCACAAUCCACAAUGUGUUUGCCCUGCUGGAUACACUGGAAGUCCUUACUCCCAGUGCCAGUUGAUUAGGGAAGAUUUAACACCAGUUCAAAGAGAGCCGAUUGAUCCUUGCUCAGCAUCUCCCUGUGGUCCUCAUGCCCACUGUAGUAAUGAGGGAGGCAAUGCGGUUUGCCGCUGUCUGCCGGAGUAUCUGGGAGUACCACCCUACUGUCGACCGGAGUGCAUUGCCAACAGCGAGUGUCCCAGCGACAGGGCCUGCAUCAAUCGGAAGUGUCAGGAUCCAUGUCCCGGCCUAUGUGGAUACAAUGCCAUCUGUCGAACCUACAACCAUCAGCCAAACUGUGUUUGUGCUCCUGGAUUGGUGGGUAAUCCGUUCAGCUCCUGUCUGCCGCCCACACGCCCUCAAGUUUCACCAGCACCUCCCACAACUGCAAUAGAGGUACUUCAGUAUGAGGAACCAUUUAUCAAUGGCUGUGAACCCAGCCCCUGUGGAGCAAACGCUCAAUGCAAUCAGCGGAGGGGAGUUGUCUCCUGCGUAUGUCUUCCCGACUAUUUCGGAAAUCCUUACGAGGCCUGCCGACCGGAGUGCAUUUUGAACUCCGAUUGUCCCUCGAGCAGAGCUUGUGUUCAGCAAAAAUGCCGAGAUCCGUGUCCUGGCACCUGUGGCCUGAAUGCCGAGUGCUAUGUCCUAGAUCAUCUGCCACAGUGCAGGUGUUUCAGUGGUUACACUGGAAAUCCAUUGGCGUACUGCGCACCUGUACCAAUUGUCCAGCAAUCUCCCUUGACUCCCUGUGAUCCCUCACCCUGCGGACCCAAUGCCCAGUGUCACCCCUCAAAUAAUGAAGCCGUGUGCUCCUGUUUACCCGAGUUCUACGGAACCCCUCCGAACUGUCGACCCGAGUGUACACUAAACUCAGAAUGUGCCUAUGAUAAGGCGUGCGUGCAUCACAAGUGCGUCGAUCCGUGUCCUGGAAUUUGCGGUAUAAAUGCCGAGUGUCGCGUACACUAUCACAGCCCCAUAUGUUACUGCAUCUCUUCGCACACGGGUGAUCCUUUCACACGUUGCUUUGAGACCCCCAAACCCGUGCGACCUCAGAUAUACGAUACACCUUCUCCUCCCUACCCGGUUGCUAUACCCGAUCUGGUUUACAUACAACAACAACAACCUGGAAUAGUAAAUAUUCCCUCUGUCCCUCAGCCUGGAUACACCCAGUCCCAGCCCCCACAAUACAAUGUGAACUAUCAAACACCACAACCGACGAGUCCCCAACAACCUGGAGUUGUGAAUAUACCAUCACAGCCAGUCUACCCAUCGCCUCAACCAACGGUUUAUAAUGUCAACUACCCAACAACGCCUUAUCCAGUUCCUCAACAACCCGGUGUUGUGAACAUUCCUUCUGUACCACAACCGGUGCCUCCGACAUCUCAGAGACCUGUGUUUAUACCAUCGCCUGCGAGCCCAUCACCUCCAUCACAGCCUGGAGUUAUUAACAUUCCUUCAGUGCCACAACCUGGAUAUCCUAUUCCUCAACAUCCUGGUGUGGUUAACAUACCAUCUGCGCCACAACCAGCUUAUCCUUCUCCGAAUACACCGGUCUACGAUGUGAACUAUCCCACGCCACCACCUUCUCAGACACCAGUACAGCCUGGUGUAAUCAAUGUACCCUCUGUGCCGCAACCGACACCGCCAUCGCAACUGCCUCCCGUUUUUAUACCAUCACCUGAGCAUCCGACAUCAGCUCCGAAACCAGGAGUAAUUAAUAUUCCCUCCGUACCACAACCAGUACACCCAACACCACAGCCUCCUGUUUAUGAUGUCAACUAUCCAACGUCACCGCCUUCCACUCCUCAGCAACCAGGAGUAAUAAAUAUACCUUCAGCCCCUCAACCAGGGCACCCUUCACCCAAUCCACCAGUUUACGAUGUUAACUAUCCAACGACGCCUUCAACUCCCCAACAACCAGGAGUUCUUAAUAUCCCAUCGUACCCACAGCCAGUACCACCGUCACCUCAGCCUCCCAUAUUUAUACCGUCCCAGGAGCCACCGAGACCUUCUCCAACGCCGGGAGUUAUUAAUAUUCCUUCGGUACCGGAACCUGUUUACCCUACACCACAGGCUCCAGUUUACGACGUAAACUAUCCAACACAACACCCUGUAAUAACACCGCAACCGGGAGUAAUAAACAUUCCAUCGGCGCCAAAGCCAGUGCCUCCGGUUUCUCAGCGUCCCGUCUAUAUACCAUCACCUGUAAACACGACACCUGCUCCACAACCAGGAGUUAUUAAUAUACCUUCAGUGGCACAGCCAGUGCAUCCAACGUACCAACCUCCGGUUGUACAGCGACCUGCUAUAUACGAUGUGUAUUAUCCACCACCUCCGUCAAGACCGGGUGUGAUUAAUAUUCCUUCACCGCCACGGCCUGUAUAUCCCGUGCACCAGCAACCGAUAUACGUACCAGCUCCAGUUCUAAAUAUACCUGCACCAAGGCCAGUCAUACAUAACAUUCCUUCAGUACCGCAACCAACGUAUCCACAUCAGAAUCCACCAAUUCAGGAUGUUACUUAUCCAGCUCCACAACCAACUCCUCCAGUACCAGGAGUAAUAAAUAUUCCUUCAGUUCCACAACCUCUGCCAUCACCCACUCCUGGUGUUAUAAAUAUUCCCUCACAACCGUCUCCACCGAUCUCGGUACCUACGCCAGGAAUCGUUAACAUUCCACAACCGACGUAUCCACCUCCGAAUCCACCUGUUUACGAUGUUAACUAUCCAACUCCACAACCCACUCCUCCAGCACCAGGAAUUGUCAAUAUUCCAUCGGUUCCUCAACCUGUGCCAUCUCCCCCUCCUGGUGUGAUAAAUAUACCUUCACAACCUUCACCACCGAUCACAGUAUCAACUCCAGGAAUUGUCAACAUUCCCUCGAUUCCAAAUCCGACGUAUCCACCAUCAAAUCCACCUGUUUACGAUGUCAGCUAUCCAACGCCUCAGCCAACUCCUCCGACGCCUGGAAUUAUUAAUAUUCCUUCCGUUCUUCAACCUGUUCCAUCACACACCCCUGGAGUGAUAAAUAUACCAUCACAACCUUCCCCUCCGAUCUCGGUAUCGACACCGGGAGUUGUGAAUAUUCCAUCUGGUCCACAACCGACAUACCCAUCUUCAAAUCCACCUGUUUACGAUGUCAACUAUCCAACGCCACAACCCACUCCUCCAGCACCAGGAAUUGUUAAUAUUCCUUCCGUGCCUCAACCUACGCCAUCACCCACUCCUGGCUUGAUAAAUAUACCUUCGCAACCGUCACCACCAACUUCAGUUCAACAGCCUGGAAUAAUAAACAUUCCAUCGCUACCUCAACCAACAACUCCCACCACUCAACAUCCGAUACAGGAUGUCCAAUAUGCGACCCAGAAACCACAACCUCUCCCUGGAGUACUCAAUAUACCCUCCGUUCCACAACCGACGUAUCCAACUCAAAGACCAUCCUACCAGGAUGUUAGUUACCCAACGUCACAGCCCAAUCCUCCGAUACCUGGAAUUAUAAAUAUUCCUUCGGUGCCCCAGUCUGUGCCUUCAGCAACUCCUGGAGUAAUCAAUGUACCCUCACAACCAUCCCAACCGGUACCAACACCAAAGCCUGGAAUUAUCAACAUUUCCUCGGCACCACAACCUAUACCGAAUCCUGUGCAGGAGGUCCACUACGACACCCACAGACCACAACCUGUUCCUGGAGUGGUCAACGUUCCAGGUCGACCCUACUACGAUGUGGCCAGACCUCAUUUUGAAUUCAACCCGUGCUAUCCAUCGCCCUGCGGACCUUACUCGCAUUGCCACAAUCGAUUUGGUGUGGCUGCCUGCGUUUGCCUGCCAAACUACAGAGGAACUCCACCAAACUGUCGGCCGGAAUGCGUCAUUAACUCGGAUUGUCCAUACAACUUGGCUUGCAUCAAUGAAAAGUGUCGCGAUCCUUGCCCAGGAUCUUGUCCCUACAAUGCCUUAUGCCGAGUGCACGAACACGAGCCGAAUUGCUUCUGUCAAAAUGGUUACACCGGAAAUCCCUAUGUUUCCUGUCAACCGAUUCCCAUAGCCCCUGUGGUUCAACGUGAGCCCGCCGAGGCGAAGGAUCCAUGUUAUCCAUCGAUUUGCGGACCGAACGCCGUGUGCAAUAAUGGAAAGUGCAGCUGUAUACCGGAGUAUCGAGGAGAUCCCUAUGUUGGUUGCCGACCGGAAUGUGUUCUCAAUACGGACUGUGUCAGGGAUAGAGCUUGCAUCCGCCAGAAAUGCCAGGAUCCUUGUCCAGGAUCUUGUGGUCUCAAUGCAUUGUGUCAUGUGUACAACCACGUGGCCAGCUGCACUUGUCCGGAUCAAAUGCAAGGAAAUGCAUUUGUGAGAUGUGACCCGAUACCCAAGCGUGAUCCCCCUGUCCCAGCAGCAACACAAACGACUUUGCCGGCCCUUGUGCCCCAACGUGCUCCGAUCAAUCCCUGCCAGCCGUCAACUUGUGGACCCAAUGCCCACUGCCGAGCCUACUAUGAACAGGCGAUUUGCUAUUGCUUGCCUGAUUUUAUUGGCACUCCACCCAACUGUCGUCCAGAGUGUACCUCGAACUCGGACUGUCCCCUCGACAAAUACUGCCUGAAUCUCAGGUGUCGCGAUCCGUGUCCGGGGGCUUGUGGCAUUCGUGCCAUUUGCCAUGUUCAGAACCACGGCCCACGGUGCAUCUGUCCGCCCCAGUUGACGGGCAAUCCUUACCUAUCUUGCCAACCCAUAGUUAUACCCCCUGUAGAACGCGACGAAGUGAAUCCCUGUCAGCCCUCGACCUGCGGCCCCAACUCCGAGUGCCAAGCCACGUCGGGUGGAGCUCGUUGCUCUUGCCUGCCCCAGUACCAUGGCACCCCACCCUUCUGUCGGCCGGAGUGUGUGAAUAGCGCCGAUUGUCCGGCGGACAAAGCAUGCUGGAAUUACAAGUGCGUUGAUCCUUGCCCCGGCAGCUGUGGUCUCUCGGCUCUCUGUCGUGUGGUGGCCCACAGUCCCGUGUGCUACUGUCCCGAAGGUUUUGUGGGCAAUGCCUAUAGCAUUUGCACCCGACCAGAACCAAGUCCACCUGCCGUGGUGAUCACUCCCUGUAAUCCCAGUCCAUGUGGAGUCAAUGCUUUCUGUCAGCCCCACCACGACUUCAGCCUUUGCCAGUGUCUGCCGGGCUACUAUGGCAAUCCUUCAGAGAUCUGCCGACCCGAAUGCACUGUCAACUCGGAUUGUCCAAGUCAUAGGGCUUGCAUGAGCGAAAAGUGUGGCGAUCCCUGUCCCGGGGCCUGUGGCAUCAAUGCCCUCUGUCAGGUCAUUAACCACAGCCCGGUUUGUGAAUGCCACCCGGGUCAUGUGGGCAAUCCCUACCACAGCUGUCGUCUUCCUCAGCGUGAACCCCCCGCACCGGAAUAUGUGAACCCCUGUCAGCCAUCUCCUUGUGGGGCCAAUUCCCAGUGUCGCGAGUCCCAGGGACAGGCCAUCUGCUCCUGCCUGCCGGAGUUUGUGGGUACCCCACCCUCCUGCCGACCGGAAUGCGUGAUCAGUGCUGAGUGUCCAGCAGACAAGGCGUGCAUCAACCAGAAGUGCCAGGACCCUUGUCCCGGAGCUUGUGGCUUGAAUGCCCAGUGCCAUGUGCGUAACCACAGUCCGCUGUGCUCGUGUCAGCCCGGAUUCACCGGAGAUGCUCUGACCCGCUGUCUGCCAGUGCCACCACCACAACCACCAAAAUCGAAUGAUAUUCGCGAUCCUUGCAUACCAUCUCCUUGUGGACCUUACUCCCAGUGUCGGGUGAUCAAUGGUGGAGCCAGUUGCAGUUGCCUAGCCAACUAUGUGGGAGCGGCGCCCUACUGCCGUCCGGAAUGUACCAUAAAUGCGGAAUGUCCCAGCAAUCUGGCCUGCAUCAACGAAAAGUGCCGUGAUCCAUGUCCUGGAGCCUGUGGCUUUGACGCCCAGUGUAAUGUCAUCAAUCAUACCCCGAGUUGCUUCUGUUCCGCUGGUUAUACGGGAGAUCCGUUCACCAGCUGUCGACUGCUGCCCCCACCUCCACCACCGAAGAUUCCCUCCGAUCCCUGCCAGCCCUCGCCCUGCGGAGCCAAUGCUCUGUGCAACAAUGGGCAGUGCUCUUGCCUGCCGGAGUACCAGGGUGAUCCCUACACCGGAUGCCGUCCGGAGUGCGUUCUGAACUCGGACUGCGCCAGGAAUAGGGCGUGUGUGAACCAGAAGUGCGUGGAUCCUUGUCCAGGACACUGUGGCAUCAAUGCCCUCUGCGAUGCCGUCAACCACAUCGCCAUGUGUCACUGCCCUGAGCGGAUGACGGGCAAUGCGUUUGUGUCCUGCCAGCCGAUUCGCGAUGAACCACCACCACCCACUCUCAAUCCCUGCCAGCCCUCGCCGUGCGGAUCCAAUGCCCAGUGCCUGGAGAGAAAUGGCAACGCCAUCUGCUCCUGUCUGGCCGGAUACUUUGGACAGCCGCCCAACUGCCGACUGGAGUGCUACUCCAGUUCCGAUUGCUCCCAGGUGCACAGUUGCAUCAACAACAAGUGCGUGGACCCGUGUCCCGGAAAAUGUGGCCUGAAUGCAGUGUGCCAGGCAAUCCAACAUAGGGCCCAUUGCGAGUGCAUCCCGAGAUACACUGGAAAUGCCUAUGUUCAGUGUAAUCCCAUUCCCGUGCCCAGGAUACCGGAACCAGUUCGCGAUCCUUGCCGACCCUCGCCUUGUGGUUCCAACUCCCAGUGCACCAAUGUGAAUGGCCAGGCGGAGUGCCGCUGUCUGCCGGAGUUCCAAGGAACCCCGCCAAACUGCCGGCCCGAGUGCGUCAGCCACGAUGAGUGCGCCAAUCACCUGGCCUGCAUAAACCAAAAGUGUGGCGAUCCCUGUCCUGGAAGCUGUGGCCAGAGUGCCCAGUGCACUGUCAGCCUUCACAUACCCAACUGUCAGUGUCCCGUGGGAAUGACUGGUGAUCCAUUCCGAAUUUGCCUGCCCAAGCCACUUGACGAACCCAAGCCCCCGCCGACUCCCAAGAAUCCCUGCUACCCCUCUCCAUGUGGAACCAACGCCGUGUGCCGCGUCCAAGGAGAGAACUACGUUUGCGAGUGCAGCCAAUUGGAGUACAUUGGCAAUCCCUAUGAGGGAUGUCGCCCCGAGUGUGUGGGCAACUCCGAGUGUCCAGCCAAUCAGGCCUGUAUCCGCAGCAAGUGCCAGGAUCCUUGUCCGGGAGUGUGUGGCCUGGAGGCCAUUUGCACCAUGAAUAACCACAUUCCAGUGUGCUCCUGCCCACCGGGCUAUACGGGCAAUGCAUUUGCCCAAUGUACCCGUCAGUUGACACCACCUCCCCCAUCAGAUCCUUGCUAUCCCUCGCCUUGUGGACCCAACUCCCUUUGCCGUGUGCAGAACGAAAAGGCCGUGUGCGAGUGCCUGCCCGGAUUCUUUGGUAAUCCGCAGGCUCAGGGCUGUCGCCCAGAGUGCACCCUCAGCUCGGACUGCGCCAAGGAUCGGGCGUGCAUUAACUCCAAGUGUGUGAAUGCCUGCGUGGGAGAGUGUGGAUUCGGAGCUAUUUGCCAAACGAUCAACCACAGCCCGGUGUGCAGUUGUCCCGCCAACAUGGUGGGCAAUCCCUUCGUCCAGUGCGAGGAACCACGCCAAGCGGAGCCCAUCGAUCCCUGCCAGCCUUCGCCGUGCCGUAGCAAUGGAAUCUGUCGCGUUUACAACGGAGCUGCUACCUGCAGUUAUCCGGAGUGCGUGAUCAACGAGGAUUGCUCAAGGGAUAGGGCUUGCGUGAGUCAAAAGUGCCGAGAUCCAUGUCUGAAUGCCUGCGGCAUCAAUGCCAUCUGUCGGGCCAUCAACCACAAGGCUGUCUGUAGCUGUCCACCGGAGUUCUAUGGUUCCCCGUAUGCCCAAUGUCUAAGACAGAUUCCAGAGCCUUUGCCCAAGCCUGAGUGCGUGAGCGAUGGAGAUUGCACCAAUGACAAGGCCUGCAUCAACCAGGUUUGUCGCAAUCCCUGCGAGCAAUCGAACCUCUGCGCCCAACAGGCACGCUGCCAUGUCCAGCUCCACCGACCACUGUGCGUCUGCAAUGAGGGAUAUACCGGAAACGCCCAGCAGAAUUGCUUCCUUCUGGGAUGUCGAUCGGAUGGAGAGUGUGCCGCCAAUGAGGCUUGUAUUAAUCAGCAGUGCGUGGAUCCCUGCAGUUUCACACAGUGCGGAACAGGAGCCAUCUGCCGAGCGGAUUUCAACCACCGAGCUAGGUGCCAUUGCCUGGACGGAUACCGCGGCAAUCCUCUGGUGCGCUGCGAACGUCCAGAGUGUCAGUCCGAUGACGAGUGUGCCUUCCACCUGGCCUGCCGCAAUGAACGCUGCGAAGAUCCCUGCAACUGUGGCCUUGGAGCCCAGUGUCGCGUGGAGAACCAUCGUGCCCAGUGCCGUUGCCCAGCUGGUUUCAGUGGAAACCCAGCCGUGAAAUGCGACCUGGUGCCAACGCAACCGGAGGGCUGCACCAUGGAUGCCGAGUGUCCCAGCAAACUGGCCUGCUUCGGCGGCGAGUGCAAGAACCCAUGCGAUGUAACGCAUCCAUGUGGCGCCAAUGCCAUUUGCGAAGUGGUGGACACCCUACCCCUGCGCACCAUGAUGUGCAGCUGCUUACCUGGCUUUGUGGGUGAGGCCGACAUUGGAUGUCACAAAGAACCCCCGCGUGAUCAGGGCUGUACGUCGCAUGAUCAAUGCCAGGAUACGGAAGCCUGUCGUGGCGGAAACUGUGUCAAUCCCUGUCUGGAUAACUCGCCUUGUGCCCGCACUGCCCAGUGUUUGGCCCAACAGCACCGUGCCAUUUGCAGCUGUCCUGAGCGAACCCAGGGAGAUCCAUUCACUAACUGCUAUGAGCCACCUGAAAUUAAGACAGGAUGCACCCACGACUCGGAGUGCCCGCCUACUACGGCCUGCAUCAACAAGCGUUGUGAGGAUCCUUGUGCCGAGGCCAAUCCUUGUGCCGGAAAUGCCGAGUGUCGCGUCCAGAACUCCCGACCGAUCUGCUUCUGUCCAGCUGGUUGGGGUGGUGACCCACAAGUCCAAUGCUUCAAACCUGAGUGCAAGAUCAAUGCCGACUGUCCUUAUGACAAGACCUGCUUGAACGAGAACUGCGUGAAUCCCUGCACUUACGGCCAGGUGCGCUGCGGCAGUGGAGCCCAGUGCUUGGCCCAGAACCACCAAGCUGUGUGCAUCUGUCCAACCGGAACUCAGGGCAAUCCCUUCAUCUCCUGCAUCACUGGACACUGUCAGUACAACGAGGAUUGUGCGGACCACGAGGCCUGCGAUCGAUUGAAUCGCGUGUGCCGUCCGGUUUGUGACCAAGAGACCUGUGCCCUGAACGCCAUAUGUGUGGGUCGUCGCCAUCAGCCGCAGUGCGAGUGCCGACCCGGAUACCAGGGCAACCCGCAUGUUCAGUGCGAUAUACCAGUGAAGACGCCAAAGCCCCAGUGUACCCAGGAUGCCGACUGUCCAUCGAAAUUGGCCUGCAUCAAUGAGCGUUGCGGAAAUCCUUGUGCCACGCCUCAUGUUUGCACUCCGCAACAGACUUGCACGGUUUUGGAUACCCUUCCCAAGCGCGCCAUGGCCUGCAAGUGUCCCGGUGACACGGUGACGGAUAUAUCCCGCAACUGUGUGCCCAUCACUGUACCCAAGGUCAUCACCGGCUGUCAGCACAACUCCGAGUGUGCCAAUCCUGAGAUCUGCUCGAAUGGAAAUUGCCUGGAUGCCUGCCGACUGGAGCGGUGUGGCGUUAAUGCUCAGUGUACCGCAAGGGAUCACUAUGCCCAGUGCAGUUGCCCGAAGGGCUUCCAAGGCAAUCCCCGCAUCGAGUGCUACACCACGGAAGUGGAUAGGCCAAGGAUUCCCAGCCCUGGCUGCUCACGCAACGAUGAUUGCCCCAGUGAUCAGAUCUGUCGCAACGAAAUCUGCGUGAGUCCAUGUGACUCGGAUGCCUGUGGAAGCGGCGCCUACUGCCAUGUGCAGCAGCGCAAGGCCAUCUGCCGCUGUCCACCUGGCUACGCCGGCAACCCACAGGAACGCUGCCUGCCACCAUCCGAUGUGAUCUUGGUUGGCUGCAAGUCCAGCACCGAGUGCCCCUUGAACGAGGCCUGCAUCAACACCCAGUGCGCAAGUCCUUGCAACUGCGGACCGAAUGCAGAGUGCACGGUGAAGAACCACCAUCCGAUUUGCUACUGCAAGCCCGGAUUCUCCGGAAACGCCCAGUUUGGAUGCGCACCCAUUGGCUGCCAGUCGGAUGACGAGUGCAGCGGUGACAAGCAGUGCCUGAACCGCGAGUGCAUCAAUCCCUGCCUGGCCAGCGAUCCGUGUGCCCUGAAUGCCGAGUGCUUUGGACGCAACCAUCGUGCCAAUUGCCGCUGUCCCGUUGGAUUGGAGGGUGAUCCGUUCGUGCGCUGCCUGCGCCUGGAAUGCCACUCUGACUAUGACUGCGCUUCGAACCUGGCCUGCGUGUCCAACGAAUGUGUGACCCCAUGUGGCCAACGGAAUCCAUGUGCCCAGAAUGCCAUCUGCCAGGCCCUACAGCAUCGCGCCGUCUGCCGUUGUCCGGAUCAAUUGCCCUUGGGCAAUCCGUACGGCUAUUGUGAGGCUAGGCGUGUGGAGCCAGUGUGUCGGGAUGAUGGAGAUUGUCCCAGCAAGCUGGCCUGCAUCGAUGACAAGUGCCAGAAUCCGUGCACAGAGCUCUCACCUUGCCACCAAACCGCCCAGUGCAGUGUGCUGGACAGUGUUCCGGUGAGAACCAUGGUGUGUGAGUGCGCCGAGUACGAAGUGCCCGAUGCCAGUGGAGCGUGCCGCAAGAUGGUGCCGCCCAGACAGCCAGGAUGCGACAGCGACCAGGACUGUCCCGACCAAGAGGCUUGCAUCCAUGCCCAGUGCCGCAACCCAUGCAACUGUGGAACCAACGCCGUCUGCCAGGUGACCCAACAUCGCGCCGUGUGCAGCUGCCAGGAUGGAUUCGAGGGUAAUCCCUAUGCCGCCUGUCGCUCCAUUGGAUGCCGCGUGGAUGGCGAGUGCGAUUCGGGCAAGGCCUGCAUCAACGGUGACUGCAUCAACCCGUGCCUGAUCAACGAUCCCUGUGGACCCAAUGCCGAGUGCUAUGUGCAAUCGAACCGUGCCCAGUGCCGCUGCCUGAGCGGAUACCGUGGUAAUCCUUACGAGCGUUGCCGCGUCAUCGGCUGCAGCAGCAACAACGACUGUCCCACAGACAAGACCUGCCAGAACGAGCAGUGCGUGAAUCCCUGCGUCUACCACAACCCCUGUGCCCCGCGAGCGGAGUGCAGGGCCCAGAACCAUCUGGCCGUUUGCCGUUGUCCCGCCGAUUUCCUGGGCAAUCCUUACGUGGACUGCCGACCGCCGCCUCAGCCCAUCUGCCAGCUGGAUACCGAUUGUCCUGGCCGCCAGGCCUGCAUAAACGAACAAUGUGUGAAUCCUUGUGUCGUUUUGGAACCCUGUCAGCGACCUGCUCUCUGCGAGGUGACUCCCACAUCCCCGGUACGCACGAUGCUCUGCAUCUGUCCGGAUGGUUAUGUCAGCCAAGGAAAGGGAGGAUGCAAGCCCACGCAGGGAGUUAGGGAUGUUGGAGGUUGUAUCUCGGACUCAGACUGUCCGGCGGACAAGUCCUGCUUGAAUAGUGUCUGCCGAGACCCCUGCAACUGCGGCUUAAAUGCCGAGUGCCGCAUCAAGGAUCACAAGCCCGUCUGCACGUGUCGUCAAGGAUUCGAGGGUAACCCAGAGUUCGAAUGCGCCAAGAUCGAGUGCAGCAUCAACUCAGACUGUCCGGGAACCCACAAGUGCCGCAAUCAGCUCUGCAUCCCUGCCUGCCAGGGUGAGCAGUGUGGCACCAAUGCCCAGUGCUUGGCCAUUGAACAUCGUGCUGUAUGCGAGUGCAUCCCGGGACAUGGAGGAAAUGCAAGGAUUUCAUGUACCCCGUUGGGAUGUCGAACCGAUGACGAAUGUCCUACGGACAGGGCGUGUGUGAAUGGUAAAUGCGAUGAUGUUUGUACAACAACUGCGAUUUGUGCCCAGGACGAAGUAUGCAAGGUAUACCAGCACCGACCUCAGUGCGCUUGCCCACCAGGAACCGUGCCCGGAAGGAAUGGCUGCGAAUCGGAGCGCCAUGUGCCCAUCUGCAUCAGCGAUGCCGAUUGUCCCAGCCAGAGGGCCUGCCUGCGCGGCGAGUGUGUGAAUCCCUGCAAUGCCACCCAGCCAUGUGGCGUGAAUGCCUUCUGCAGCGUGCGAGAUACUUUGCCCGUGAGGACAAUGAUCUGCGAGUGCCUGGAGGGAUACACCGGCAACCCAGCGGUGCAGUGCGACAAGCGCUCCCUGUGCGUCAUCGAGAAGGGCUUCGUGCGGGAUGUGGAUGGACAGUGUGUCUGCCCACCGGGAACCGCUCUGGAUAUCUACGAAUACUGCACUCCGUGCCGAGAGGAGCAGGGCUUCCGCAUCGACGAGAGUGGUCACUGUGUGUGCGCCCUGGAGCGUGGCAUGGUGAUCGACGAACGUGGUCGCUGCACUUGCCCCAUUGAGCUGGGCUACCGUCUGACUCCCCGUGGCGAAUGCCAGCCGGAGGAGCCGCCAGAGUGCACGAGCAACGAACAGUGCGCCGAUAACCGAUUCUGCAACCUAGACACCAAGACCUGCGAGGAUCCCUGCCUGACCAAGGUGUGCGGCGUGAAUGCCUUCUGCAAUGCGGUGAACCACCGGGCCCAGUGCCAGUGCAUCACUGGCUACACUGGCAACCCGGAGCUGCACUGUAACCACACCAACUUCCGCACCGAUUUCCCACGACCCGACAUGGUGGUCAGUUGUCUGGCCGAUGGCGUCCAAGUGGAAAUUCACAUCACUGAGCCCGGAUUCAAUGGAGUGUUGUACGUGAAGGGCCACAGCAAGGAUGAGGAGUGCCGUCGGGUGGUCAACCUGGCCGGUGAGACCGUACCCCGUACCGAGAUCUUCCGCGUCCACUUCGGUAGCUGCGGUAUGCAAGCGGUGAAGGAUGUGGCCAGCUUCGUACUGGUCAUCCAGAAGCAUCCCAAGCUCGUUACCUACAAGGCCCAGGCGUACAACAUCAAGUGCGUCUACCAGACUGGCGAGAAGAACGUGACCCUAGGAUUCAACGUAUCCAUGCUAACGACUGCCGGAACAAUAGCCAACACAGGACCUCCGCCCAUCUGCCAAAUGCGCAUCAUCACCAACGAGGGCGAGGAGAUCAAUUCGGCCGAGAUCGGCGAUAAUCUCAAACUGCAAGUGGAUGUGGAGCCAGCCACCAUUUAUGGAGGCUUCGCCCGCUCCUGUAUUGCCAAGACCAUGGAGGACAAUAUACAGAACGAAUAUCUGGUCACGGAUGAGAACGGCUGUGCCACGGAUACCAGUAUUUUCGGAAACUGGGAGUACAAUCCGGACACCAACAGCCUGCUGGCCAGCUUCAAUGCCUUCAAGUUCCCAUCGAGCGAUAACAUUCGAUUCCAGUGCAACAUACGCGUCUGCUUUGGACGCUGCCAACCGGUCAAUUGUGGUGGCUACAACGCCUUCGGGCGACGACGUCGCUCCAUUGAGGACAACUCCAACGAUACGACCGCCAUUGCCACGAAUUCGGGUGUGGAGGGUCAACUGCGCGAGGAGAUCACCAUCUCAUCGAAUGCCAUUCUGACCUUCGAGAAGCGCAGCGGUCAAGGCCUCAAUGAUGCCAACAUUAAACCGGCGGCCCAGAGAGUCGAGGAUAUUUGCGUGUCCAUGGUGGGACUGAUCAUUGCUUUGGUCAUCACGGCCCUGCUGGCCCUUGUGGCCGUUGCCGUGGCUGUUUCCUGCUGGCUGAUGGCCUACAGGAGGAGGCCCAAGACCAUUGCACCGCUGCCCCAUCCGCCGGAGUUCCCCAACCCGCUGUUCGCCAAUCCCGACGCUGUGCCCGAGCCAACGCCGGACUACAUCUCCUAAACGUAACGUAACGAUACACUGACAUACAAACACCUAGCUAUAUCUUUAGUCUGUAAGAAAAUCGAAUGAUAAUGAAAACUAUGUGAAUAUUUGAAAGGCAAGUGCAAAAGGUUUAUGCAAAACAGAUCGAAUCGCGAAAGAUUAUCAAUCAAUAUUAAGAAAAAGAAAAACAAAAGUACAGUUGUGAGCUAAAAGUACAGUCGGCUCUGUUGGCCGUAAAACGAAACUAUGAAAAAGAUUGAACUAUUGUAAAAAGCAAAAAUGACGAAGCGAGACACGCAUGAACAAUGCAUGAAAGUAAUUUAGUAGCUUAAGAAAAUAAUUUUAUUAAUUGUAUUAACGUUUAGUAUUCUCCUUCCUACUAACAUGAGAAUUCCGCGUAGUGUUUGUACGUUUAGCUGCCACAUAUAUAGAGUCCACAAACUGCCAAACAGAUGUGAGGGAAUUCACCACAUAGAGAGUGCAGCUACAAACGAAUUCUCGUCCUCUAACGACAACUUCUUCAUUAGUCGGUUAUCAAUAUUAAUACUGUUAUAUAUAUAUAUAACUAAAGACUUCCUAUAAAUAUUUAGGGUGUGGGUAGUAGCAACGACACUUUGUAUUAUAGCACAGACACACGCACACAACUACUUCCUGUAAUUUAGAUAUGAACUCAACUCGCCCGUUAAAAUUGAAAACUGCCUUUAAUUUCCAACAAGAACGAACAAUGCACCCCAGAAUACUCUCUAGCAGUAUGUAAGAGAUCGUUGGUCCUCGAUCGAUGGGAUAUUAUACCGCGUUUAUCGCCUAUAACCACCGGACAAUAUGUCAACGAUUGUCCCAGUUGGAUUGUAAGCAAGCUCAAGAGUCAAAAACACACACACACACACACACCGAAGAAAAAAGACCACUCUAACCAGCUUAUAAAACGUGGAAAUAGAUCCAUUCAGAUCCAGGUACCGACUCAAUGAGGGAACAUAACUAUAACUGCCACUGAGGCGUCAUCAGCGCACAAAAGAUACUUAUCUAUUGCAUAGGAAAUACUAGGUUUGUUUUAAUUUUAAUCGCAACGACGACUAAUGGAGGAUUUGAUUUUGCCCACUGUCCCUCGACCACUUACUUGUACUACACUCUACUAUGAUUAACCAUUAUUUUUGUAGUUUUAUAGUCAAUUAAUAUUAAAUUGUUGUGAUUGUUUUUAAUGCAAAAGAGAUACUUCCACUAACUUACUAAUAUGUAGAGACAAAAGUACAGAGAGUACUUAAAAAGGCAACGAACCAGUGCCCCUGCCCCGCCGCCCCUUUUCCUUCUCCAUGGGGAACAGCACGCCACUGUCAACGCGCCGGAAACUAUGCAGCGAAUUUCCGUUUCCGGCGCCCGUUUUACAGAGCAUGUCUUUUCCUGAUGCGACGAUAGCCUGCGGGAUUGCGGGGUCUGGGGCCUGGAUAAUUAAAUUAUUAAAAAUGAAGUUUUAAAUUAAUAUUAUUAAACGUAAACAAAAUGUAUAGUCACUACUUUAAGAAGAAAGAUAAUUUUCUUUAUAGUAAAAUACCAUACAAAAUAAACUCGCACUCAGACACGUACACAAAGAGACAGAAUUUGUAAAUAAUACACAGGCAAACUCUAUGGUAUUUUUAGUAGCGCAUUAUUGUGUAUAGGUUUCUACACGUUGACUCUCAAAUCCGAACUAAAACACAGGCUAACCCCUAACCCAUGCCAGGCAUAAAAUUAUUUUCUUAAUUCCAUAACCAGAGUAGAAUAUUCAAAGAAGUGCACAAAUUAUGCAACCGCCUCGUUCACAAUUACCAAACACUUUUAUUUUUCUUUACAAGAACCGCUUACAAAUCUGAUCCUAACUAGAGUUACACAUUGAACAUAGACAAAACUUUUUGCACUGGCAGCAAAUAUAAAAGAGAUAAUAAUGAAUAAUAAGAGUUGCUCUUAUUGUAAAAAGAAAACAAUAGUUAAAUUGUACUUAUAAAGAAAUGUAUUUAAAAUGGAAAAAA